CAACAUUUUCCAGGUGGCAUUGGAGGCCCCUAUGUACCGCCACCGCUGACACACGUUUAUGGUCAGGGCGAUAUCUCGCCGCCCGUGUUCGAGCAGAUCUUUAAGAACGCACGCUUCGCCCAGGGCGGCAACGCUCUCUUUGAGGGCCGCCUGCGUGGCAAUCCCAAGCCAUUCGUGACUUGGACUCGAAAAGGCGCACCACUUCUCGAGUCGCAAAAGUUUCGCAUGAGCUACAACGAGGCCACCGGCGACGUUUCGCUGCUGAUCAAUCAGAUCGGACCCGGCGACGAGGGCGAGUACACUUGCACCGCUCGCAAUCAGUACGGCGAGGCCAUUUGCAGCGUCUACAUUCAACCGGAGGGCGCACCAAUGCCGGCGCUGCAGCCCAUACAGAAUCUGGAGAAGAACAUCUACUCCAAUGGCUAUAGCUAUACGUCCAUUGAGGAGGAGUUCCGCGUGGACACCUUCGAGUAUAGACUGCUGCGUGAGGUGUCGUUCCGUGAGGCGAUCACACGUCGCUCCAACUACGAACAGGAUGUGCAGCUGUCCCAUGAGCUGGAUCGCUCUUUGGGUCCCGCGCAUGCACCGCAAAUUGCGCAAAAGCCACGCAGCUCCAAGCUGAUCGAGGGCGCCGAUGCUGUCUUUACCGCACGCGUCGGCUCCAAUCCCAAGCCGCGUCUGACCUGGUUCCACAAUGGUCAGCGCCUGGUGGCGUCGCAAAAGUACGAGAUCUCUUAUUCGAGUGGCGUGGCCACGUUGCGCGUCAAGCAAGCCACUGCCAAGGAUGGCGGCCACUAUACGCUGCUGGCCGAGAAUCUCCAAGGCUGCGUUGUCUCCUCCGCCGUGCUGGCUGUAGAGCCUGCGGCCGAGACUAGCUACGAACCCAAGCCUGUGGACUUCAUGGCCGAGCAGCUGGAGGCGGGCAAAGCAUUGCCGCCCACUUUUGUUAAGACCUACAUGGAUCGCGAGAUCACCGAAGGCCGCAUGACGCGUUUUGACUGUCGCGUAACCGGAAAUCCCUAUCCCGAGGUUUUCUGGUUUAUCAAUGGACGUCAAGUGCGCGAUGAUGCUUCGCACAAAGUGCUGGUCAACGAGUCUGGCAGCCAUUCGCUCAUGAUAACCAAUGUGAGCCGCAUGGAUGCCGGCGCUGUGCAGUGUCUGGCCCGCAACAAGGCGGGCGAGGUUGCCAUCGAGGCGCAGCUUCAUGUGCUGGAGAAGGAGCAAGUUGUCGCACCACAAUUUGUGCAACGCUUCAGCACCAUGACUGUGCGCGAGGGCGAACCCAUUAGCAUGAGCGCCAAUGCCAUUGGCACUCCUGUGCCACGCAUCACCUGGCAAAAGGAUGGCCAGCAAAUCUCGUCAAAUCCCGAACGAUUUGUGGGCAUUGAUGGCGGCGCCACCUGCCUGGAGAUACCGCAGGCCAAGGCUACCGAUGCUGGCUGGUACCAGUGCACCGCACAAAAUAUUGCCGGUUCCACCGCGAACCGUGCCCGACUCUAUGUCGAAGUUCCCAGAGAUCAACCAAGUCAAGAACAAAGACGUCUCAAUCUACCAAGACCAACAAAAGUUAUCGAGCCUGAACCAAUUCCUGGUCCAGAAAUUAUUUAUUUACGUCAUGUGGAGCGCGCUAAGCCACAUUUGCGACCUGGCGAGGAGGAUCGUGUGUAUCCGCCGCCGCAGUUCAUCAUACCGCUGCAGAAUGUGCAGCAGACCGAGGGUGCUCGCGUGCAUAUGGAGGCACGCAUCGAUCCUGUUGGUGAUCCCAGCAUGGUCGUUGAAUGGUUCCUCAAUGGACGUCCGCUGGCAGCCAGUGCACGCGCCACAUCCGUGUUCAAGUUUGGCUACAUUGCGCUGGAUCUGCUGAGCAUUAUGUCCCACGAUGCCGGCGAGUACAUGUGCCGUGUGAGCAAUGCCAGCGGUGUGGCCGAAUCGCGCGCCAUUUUGUCGGUGGUGCAGCGUCCUGGCAUCGAGCAGACGUCGCAGAAUCCCAACAGCUUGCAGCAGAUCAGUCAGCUGGAGGAUUACUCACGCUAUUCGCGCCAGGAGAGCACCGACGAGCAGCUGAAUCAGGCGCCACAGUUUAUACGUCCGCUGCGUGACUUGGGCGAGUUCGAGGAGGGCAAGAACGUGCACUUUGAGGCGCAGGUUACGCCCGUCAACGAUCCCAGCAUGCGCGUGGAGUGGUACAAGGAUGGCCUGGCCAUUACCGCCAGCUCGCGCAUCACUGCCAUCUUCAACUUUGGCUAUGUCUCCCUUAACAUCUUGCACCUGAGAGCCGAAGAUGCGGGCACCUACACGGUGCGUGCAGUGAAUCGCAUGGGCGAAGCUGUCAGCCAGUCCAACAUACGUGUGCACUCGCGCUCCCAAGUCACCGCCGAUCUGGGCAUACCGGAGCAGCAGCGCUACAUCCAGGGCAUUGAGCAGCUGGAGGACUAUCGCAUGUCGCAGCAGCGUCGCCACGUCCAGGAGGCGCCCGAGGCCAUUGCGCCACCACAAUUCAAGACACCCAUACAAAACCAAUUGGAUCUGCGUGAGCAUGCGCAUGCGCAUUUCGAGGCGCGCCUCGAACCCAUUGGUGACUCCACCAUGCGCGUGGAGUGGCUCAAGGAUGGGCAACCAUUGGAGGCCAGCUCACGCAUCACCACCUAUCAUAACUUUGGCUACGUGGCGCUCACCAUUAAGCAGCUGACAGUCUAUGAUGCCGGCACUUAUACCUGCCGUGCCUACAAUGCCAUGGGCCAGGACACCACUGUGGCCCAACUGACUGUUGUCUCCAAGAAGGAUGAGAUUGUCUCCGAGAGCCAGCAUCCAGGUGGCUUGCAAAAGAUUCAGCAUCUGGAGGACUCUUCGCGCUAUGGACGUCGCGAGGAGGAGGAAACGUCUAUUACACAGGCGCCGCGUUUCUUGGGUCCCAUGAAGGGCACCACCAAAAUUCUGGAGGGUCAACGCGCUCACUUCGAGGCUCGCGUCGAGCCCCAAAGCGAUUUGGGCAUGGUGAUUGAAUGGUAUCACAAUGGACGCUCCAUUACUGCCGCCAAUCGCAUACAGACCUACUACGACUUUGGCUACGUCGCCCUGGAUAUAUCGCAGGUGCGCGCCGAAGACGCUGGUCUUUACCAGGUGGUGGCUAGAAACAAGCUAGGUGAAGCUCAGUUGCAAGCAACGAUGGUAGUCGAAACUCGUUCCAGCAUCGACACAUCUAGCAUGCAUCGCGGUCUCUACGAGAAGACACAGAACCUAGAGAACAAGCCCUUCGUGGAGCCCCAGUACGACAUUGAGGAGAUUUCCAAGUCGAAGCCAGUGUUUGUGCAGCCCUUGACCGAUCCCAAGCCCAUACACGAUGGCAAGAAUAUUCAUUUGGAGUGCCGUCUCGAGCCCAUGGGCGAUCCCACCAUGCGCGUGGAAUGGUUCCACAAUGGACGUCCCGUCACUGUGGGCUCGCGUUUCCGCACCUACUACGACUUUGGUUUCGUAGCCCUGGACAUAAUUCAAGCUUCCGCAGCCGAUUCCGGCGAAUACACUUGUCGUGCCACCAAUCACUUGGGCACUGCCCAUACCUCCGCCUGCGUGCGUGUAAUUGAUCGCACGGAUGUGGUGACCGAGACGCAGAACGAGCAGUCGCUGGAGCAGAUUCAGCUGCUCGAGGAUUCGCGUCGUCGCCAGCAUCGCGAGGAGGACAUUACUGUAAUGCAGGCACCGCAAUUCACUCGUGCCCUGCACAACAUCGAGACAAUGGAGGGCACCAAUGUUCAUCUGGAGUGCCGCCUGCAGCCCGUGGGCGAUCCCAGCAUGCGCAUUGAAUGGUUUGUCAAUGGCAAACCUGUGAAGACGGGUCAUCGCUUCCGUCCCGCAUAUGAAUUCGAUUACGUGGCCUUGGAUCUGUUGGGUUGUUAUGCCAUCGAUUCGGGUGUCUACACCUGCCAGGCACGUAAUCAACUGGGCGAGGCCGUCACCUCUUGCUCGGUGCGCAUCAUUGGCAAAAACGAUUUCAUCGAUUCGCAAACCCAAAACGAGUCGGGCCUGCAGAAGAUUCAAUAUCUGGAGGAUACAUCGCGCUAUCGUCGCAAUGAGUUUGUCGACGAGGUUGUCAACAUUCGUCCACGCUUCCUCACCCAGCCCAAGAGCUUGACCAACACUCGCGAGGGUGCUCACGCUCACUUUGAGUGCAAGAUUGAACCCGUUACCGAUCCGAAUCUGAAGGUGGAGUGGUUCAAGAACGGUCGCCCUAUUACUGUGGGUCAUCGUUUCCGUCCCAUUCAUGACUUUGGCUAUGUGGCCUUGGACAUUGUGGGUCUGAUUGCCGAGGACUCUGGUGUCUACACCUGCCGUGCUGUCAAUCUCAUUGGCUCCGAUGAAACCCAAGUGGAGCUGCAAUGCCGCAGCGGCGAGCAAAUUGUCACUGUUACCCAAAACGAAGCGGGUCUGGAGCAGAUUCACUAUCUGGAGGAUCGCUCACGCUACAGCCGCCGCGAGGAAGUCGAUGAGAGCACCAAGCAGGCGCCUGUGUUCACCACCUCGCUGAAGAACGUGGAGAUCAAGGAGAAUCAACGCGCUCACUUUGAGUGCCGCUUGAUUCCCGUUUCUGAUCCCUCCAUGCGUGUGGAAUGGUAUCACAAUAACUUGCCCUUGAAGUCCGGCUCACGCUUUACUGAAACCAGCAACUUUGGUUUUGUAGCCCUGGACAUUAUGUCCACUUUGCCGGAGGAUGCAGGCACCUACACUUGCCGUGCCUACAAUGCCGUGGGUGAGGCCAUUACCUCAGCCGUCGCAGUGGUGCAUACCAAGAAGUCGAUCUACCUGGAGUCCCAGCACGAGACUGCCCUGCCGCGUCUGCAGCAUCUGGAGGAUGGCUCCAAGCGUCAGCGCAUUAGCGUGCAGGAUGAGUUUGUCUCACAGGCUCCGGUGUUCACCAUGCCCGUGCGGGAUGUGCGCGUGGCCGAGAACCAGGCCGUGCACUUUGAGGCGCGCCUCAUUCCCGUGGGUGAUCCCAAGCUCACGGUGGAGUGGCUGCGCAAUGGCCAGCCCAUUGAGGCCUCCAAUCGCACCACCACCAUGCACGACUUUGGCUAUGUGGCUCUCAACAUGAAGUAUGUGAAUCCCGAGGAUUCUGGCACCUACACUUGCCGCGCUGUCAACGAUCUGGGUCAGGCAGUUACCUCCGCUUCACUCAUUGUGCAAUCCAAGACAGCCAUCCAAAUGGAAACGCAGCACGAAGCUGCCAUGCAUAAGAUUCAUCAGCUGGAGGAUCAUACCAAGUAUCAGCGUCGCGAGGAGGAGGAGUACACUGUCACCACUGCGCCCAUGUUUGUCACCAAGCUCAUUGGUCCCAGCAAUCUGGUUGAGGGCCAAAGCGCCCACUACGAGUGCCGCAUUGAGCCCUAUCCCGAUCCGAAUCUGAAGGUUGAGUGGCUGCACAAUGGCAAACCACUGAGCACUGGCCAUCGCUUCCGCACCACCUAUGACUUCGGCUUUGCCGCUUUGGAUAUCCUUACUGUCUAUGCUGAGGAUAGCGGUGAAUACACUUGCCGUGUCACCAACAAUUUGGGACAAGCGAUCAACUCGAUUGUCUUGAGCGUCACCUCACGUUCCUCGAUCAUACACGAGACGCAGCAUGAGGAGGCGUUGACCAAGAUCCAGCAUCUGGAGGAUGCUUCACGCUUCCAACGCAAGACCGACGAGGAGCAAUUCCAUGCCGAGCGUCCACAGUUCGGACGCCCACUGCGCAAUGCCAAGGUCAAUGAGGGCAAGCCCGUGCAUCUGGAGGCCACUCUCAUACCUGUCAAUGAUCCCACCAUGAAGGUGGAAUGGUAUUGCAAUGGCACUCCCAUUCAAACUGGUCAUCGCUUCAAGACCACUUACGAUUUCGGUUUCGUUGCCUUGGAUAUUCUGUAUGCCCAUGCCGAAGAUACCGGCACCUACAUGUGCAAGGCCAAGAAUGCCGUUGGAGAAGCUGUCACGACUUGUGCUGUAAACGUAACAGCAAACAAGACACUGGAUCUGGACACACUCGAUAUUCAGCGCUUGGAGAAGAUUCGUCAGCUGGAGAACUAUGCGCCGCCUGUUAAGGCCGAAGUGGAGGAGAAGGGCUCGAAGCCUAUUUUCCUCACACCGCUGAGCAAUCUGGAGCAUCUGAAGGAGGGCGAACACGCUCAUCUCGAGUGCCGUGUGGAGCCCAUUAACGAUGCCAAUCUGAAGAUCGAAUGGUUCUGCAAUGGCAAACAAUUGCCCACGGGUCAUCGUUAUCGCACCACGCACGACUUUGGCUACGUUGCCCUGGAUAUCCUCUAUGUUUAUGGCGAGGAUACGGGCACCUACAUGUGCAAGGCCACCAAUCUGCUGGGCGAGGCUGUAAAUACAUGCAAUGUGCGUGUGUUGAAUCGCCGCAGCAUGAUCUUGGACACUCAACAUCCCGAUGCGCUUGAGAAGAUUCAGAAGUUGGAGUCCAAGGUGGUCACCACCCGCACUGAAGUGGGCGAUCAUCCUAUUGGACCGCCUCACUUCACCGCCGAGCUGCGUGGCUCCACGGAGAUUUACGAGGGACAGACGGCGCACUUUGAGGCGCAGGUCGCUCCCGUGCAUGAUCCCAAUCUGCGCAUUGAGUUCUAUCACAAUGGCAAGCCUUUGCCUUCGGCCGCUCGCUUCCAUAUCACCUUUGAUUUUGGUUAUGUGAGCUUGGACAUUACUCACGCCGUAGCCGAGGAUGCGGGUGAGUAUUCAGUGCGUGCCGUUAAUGCAUUGGGACAAGCUGUGUCCGCCACCCAGUUGCGUGUGAUUCCUCGUGGCAGCAUCAUUUCGGACACGCAGCAUCCCGAGGGAUUAGAGAAAAUCCGCAAGCUGGAGUCGACGGCGCCACAUCAGCGCCAGGAACCAGAAACUCCUGGCACACGCCAACGUCCCGUGUUCACGCAGCCACUGCAGAACAUUGACCGCAUCAAUGAGCACCAGACGGCGCACUUUGAGGCACGUCUCAUUCCCGUGGGUGAUCCCAACCUGAAGGUGGAAUGGUAUCGCAACGAGAAACUGAUUGAGGACAGCUCACGCAUCACCAAGCAGCAUGACUUUGGCUUUGUCUCCUUGGACAUUGCGCAUAUACGCAAGGAGGAUGAGGGCGUCUACAUGUGUCGUGCCGUCAAUCCUCUGGGUGAGGCUGUUACCACCGCCUCCAUGCGUGUGGUCACCGAGGCGAGCAUCCAAAUGGACACUCAGCAUCCGGACAGCAUACCGCGCAUCCAUCAGCUAGAGAAGCCACUGGCACCGCUGCCCAGCGAGCCGGAGCGUCACUUCGAGAAGCCAAUCUUCACGCAGCUUCUGACGGGUCCGUCCGAGUUGUGGGAGGGCGCGCAUGCGCACUUUGAAGCGCGUGUGGUGCCUGUGGGCGAUCCAUCACUCAAGUUCGAGUGGUUCAUCAAUGGCGUGGAGCUGCAAAUGGGCUCCAGACUGCGCACCACCCACGACUUUGGCUUUGUUACUCUGGACAUUGCUGCAGUGGUGCCUGAGGAUGCGGGUGUUUACAUGUGCCGCGCCUACAAUGCCGCUGGCGAGGCGGUGUCCUCCACUGCCAUGAAGGUCAAGACCCGCUCGAACAUUGAUGGUCAGCCUUUGAUACCAGAGAGCUGGGAGGCAAUUCGUCUGAAGGAGGCGGCCAUGAACCGCGUACCCGAAAUGUUUGUGGACUCGACGCCUCAACAGGCGCCCGUGUUCACUACGCAUCUGCAGAGCUACGACAAGUUGCACGAGGGUCAGCAUGUACAUCUGGAGGCGCAAGUGGAGCCACGCGCGGAUCCCAAUCUGCGCAUUGAGUGGUUCAAGAACGGCAUCUCUCUGACCACCGGUUCACGCAUCCGCAGCACCUUCGACUUUGGUCUGGUUACUCUCUCCAUCAAUGGACUGCGCGAGGAUGACUCUGCCAUCUACACUUGCAAGGCUAGCAACCAGGUGGGCGAGGCUGUUUCCACCUCCUCGCUGAAGAUUGAAGAUCGCCAUUGGCUGCAUGCCGAGUCACUGCAUCCAGACUCUUUGCCACGCAUUGGACAACUGGAAGCACCCAAGGCGCAACGUCCCGAGGCACCCGAGCCUACCUAUGAGACGCCUGUGUUCAUUACCCAUCUGAACAAUCUAGAGUGCAAGGAGAACGACAAUGUGCGCUUCGAGUGCAAUGUGGAGCCAGCGCGUGAUCCCACCAUGAAGAUCGAAUGGUAUUACAAUGGCAAGCCACUGCAGGCUGCCGCCAAGUGCAAGUCCAUCUAUGACUUUGGCUACUGUGCUCUGGACAUGAGCAACACCUACGCGGAGCAGAGCGGCGUCUACACCUGCAAGGCCAUUAAUAGCAAGGGAUCCGCUACCACCUCAGGCACGCUCAAGUGCACUGGUGGUCAGACCAUGUUCCUGGAUACGCAACAUCCACAGGGCGUCAGCGGUUUGGAGGCUGUGCAGGAGACUGAGGAGGCCAUGGCCAAUCGUCAAGCGAGCAAGCCCAGCAAGCCAGAGACGCAGUAUCCACCACCAGUAUGGACACGCCCACUCCAACAGGAGUUCCAUUUGGCUGAGGCACAACCCAUACACUUGGAAGCGAAUGUGGAGCCCAAGGAGGAUCCUAAUCUAUUCAUUGAAUGGUACUUCAACGGCAAACUGCUGCAGCAUGGCUCACGCUUCAAGAUGACCAGCGAAUUUGGCUUCGUUACCAUGGACAUGACCGAGGUCUAUGACAGAGAUCAGGGCAUGUACACCUGCAAGGCCUACAACAAGGCUGGCGAAGCCUUCACCUCCACCACCAUCUUCUGUGGCAGCAAGCAGAACAUUAUUGAGUCCACACAGCAUCCCAAGGGCGCUGAGGGCCUGGAGCAGAUACAGGAUCUGGAGGAUUCACUGCGUCGCGAUGGCCGCAAGCCAGAGGCGCCCGAGUUGGGCGGCCCACCACGCUUCACCAGCGAAUUUGUCAACAUUGCCGAUGUCGGCGAAGGCGAAUUGGCCCAUUAUGAAGCAAACUUGGUGCCGCUGGGUGAUCAGAGCAUGGUCAUCGAGUGGUACUUCAAUGGCAAAGUGCUGGAGGCAAGCCAUCGCGUGCGCACCAUCUAUGCGUUCGGCACAGUGGCACUGGAGGUGCUGGGCACCAAGAUUGAGGACACUGGCACCUACACCUGCCGUGCUACCAACAAAUAUGGAUCAGUGGAGCAAAGCUGCACGCUGGAGUGUGUGGAGAAGCCACGUGGACAGAAGCCACACUUCACCUCGCAUAUUCAACCGCUGCAGGGCCUAAAGGACGGACAGGCCGCUCACUUUGAGUGCACGCUCAUCCCGGUGAAUGAUCCGGAAUUGAAGGUGGAAUGGUACCACAAUGGUCAACUGAUGCGUCACUCAAAUCGCAUCAAGACUGUCUCCGACUUUGGUUAUGUCGUGUUGGACAUUGCCUAUCUGCAGGAUCAUGAUAGCGGCGAGUACGUCUGCCGCGCCUGGAACAAGUACGGCGAGGACUUUACACGCACCACCCUGAAUUGCGGUGGACGUGGCGGUGUCUUCUAUGACAGCUUGCAGCCUGACUCGCUCCAGCGCAUACGUGAGCUGGAGUGCCCGCAAGGACAGCAGGUAGACUCUGGCGCUGCGCCAGUGGCCGAACCACCCAAGUUUAUUACCCAGAUCAGCGACGUGACCAAACUGCUCGAGGGACAGAGCGUGCACUUUGAGGCGCGUUUGACGCCCAUCACCGAUCCUGACUUGGUGGUGGAAUGGUACUUCAAUGGCAAGAAGCUGCCACAUGGACAUCGCUUCCGCACGUUCCAUGACUUUGGCAUUGUCAUUCUGGAUAUUCUUUAUUGCUACGAAGAGAACUCUGGUGUUUAUGAAUGUCGCGCCCACAACAAAUACGGCGAGGAUGUUACCCGUGCCACGCUCAAGUGCGCCUCAAAGGCUAGCUUGAUCCUGGACUCCCAACUGCCACGCGGUAUGGAGGGUGGUCUGGAGAAGAUUGCCAAUCUGGAGUACAGCAUGGUUCGCACACGUGAUGAAACCACCGAGGAAACCAAGGGCAAGGCACCAGUGUUCACUGUCCCGCUUGAGAACAUUGAGAAUCUGCGCGAGGGUGAGAAUGCUCACUUUGAGGCACGCAUUACGCCCGCUGAUGAUCCUAAGCUCAAGGUAGAGUGGUACUGGAAUGGACGUCCAUUGAAGGCGGGCUCACGCUUCCGCACGUUCUGCGACUUUGGCUUUGUUAUCUUGGAGAUUUCGCCUGUUUAUCCAGAGGAUUCGGGUGAAUACUCGUGCCGCGCUAUUAACGAAUAUGGCGAGGCGGUGACCACCGCUACCAUGAAGAUUACUGGCAAGCGCAGCAUUAUCAUGGAGUCGCAGCUACCCAAGGGCAUGGAGGGCACCAUCGAUCGCAUUGCCGAGCUGGAAGGUUUGGGCUCACGCAGCACUGAGUUUGCUCCAGAGGAUGAUACAGGCAAGCCACCCGAGUUUAUUACCACACCGUUCGAUAUGGUCAUAUCGGAGAAUUCGUUGGCGCACUUUGAGUGUAGACUGCAGCCCAUCAAUGAUCCUUCGAUGCGCGUGGAUUGGUUCCACAAUGGCAAGGCCUUGUGGGCAGGUUCCCGCAUCAAGACUAUCAAUGACUUUGGCUUUGUUAUUCUGGAGAUUGCGGGUUGCUAUCAGCGCGAUACGGGUCUGUAUACUUGCAAGGCCACCAACAAGCACGGCGAGGCCACAGUGUCCUGCAAGCUGCAGGUCAAAGGUCGCCAGGGCAUUGUUAUGGAGCCACAGCUGCCCUCGAACUUCCGCACUGGCACUGAGAGCUUGCAGAAGCUGGAGGAGAGCAUGUACAAGCGUGAGGAGCUGGUUAUCGACGAGGAGCAGCCCAACCCACCCAAGUUUACUGAGGACAUUAAGGAUAAUCUGGAUGUGCCUGAGGGCGGUCCAAUACACUUUGACUGCCGCGUUGAGCCUGUGGGUGAUCCCAGCAUGCGCAUUGAGUGGUUCUACAAUGGACGCGUCAUGGCCACCGGCUCGCGUGUGCAUCAGCUCAAUGACUUUGGCUUCAUUGCUUUGGACAUUGACUACAUUUAUGCCCGCGAUUCGGGUGAAUAUACCUGCCGUGCCACCAACAAGUGGGGAACUGCUACGACUACUGCCAAGGUGACCUGCAAGGGCAAGCACAACAUUGUCUACGACUCGCAGCUGCCCGAGGGCAUGACUGCCGAGAAGCUCAAGGAGCUGGAGCGUGGUCGCAUUCCCGAGGCGCCCAAAGUGGUCGACGAAGUCUUUGGUCCACCGAAGUUUGUCACACAGAUCGCAUCGGCGACUCCCGAAGAAGCCGAAGCUGUGCGCUUUGAGUGCCAGGUGGAGCCCAAGACAGAUCCCAAUCUGCGUGUUGAAUGGUACCGCAAUGGCAAACCCUUGCCCUUGGGUCAUCGCUAUAGAAACGUCUUCGACAUGGGCUUUGUCUCGCUGGAUAUUCUCUAUGUCUACAGCGAGGACUCUGGCGAGUAUGUCUGCCGCGCCUACAACAAAUAUGGCGAGGACAGAACCAAGGCUACAGUCUCCUGCAAAAAACUGCCUACAAUCUUGUUGCAAAAUCAAGUGCCUAGAGGCAUGAAGCGUUCGGAAACGCUCACCCAAAUGGAAGCCACCAUUAAGAAGUACACCUCGGAGGUUCAUCUGACUGAGGACGAUCUAUUCGAUCCAGAUCGCAAGCAGCCACCUCGUUUUGUCACACAAAUCAAGGAGCAAUUGAAUCUUACCGAAAUGGCUGUUACCAAAUUUGAAUGCCAGCUGGCGCCUGUGGGUGAUCCCAGCAUGAAGGUUGAAUGGUUCUUCAAUGGCAAACCUUUGCUCUACAAGAAUCGUUUCCAACCCAUUUAUGACUUUGGCUAUGUGGCCAUGAACUUUGGCUGGGUCUAUCCUGAGGACAGUGGCGAGUAUGUCUGCCGUGCUACCAAUUUGUACGGCAUGGAUGAAACGCGUGCCAUUAUCAAGGUAUCUGGCAAGCCUGGCAUUGUCUAUGAUUCGCAGCUGCCUGCGCAUAUGCAGAGCAUUGAUCGCAUUCGCGAAAUGGAAGCGUCCUGGCAGGUUGUGCCCGAUGAGGUUGAUCCGGAUGCUAAGCCUAGAACCAAGCCUACGUUUGUCAGCAAACUGGAGCCACAGACUGUGGAGGAAGGCGAACCCGCCAGAUUCUGCGUUCGUGUCACUGGACAUCCACGUCCACGUGUCAUGUGGCUAAUCAAUGGACACACUGUUGUGCAUGGCUCGCGCUAUAAGCUAACCAACGAUGGCAUGUUCCAUCUUGAUGUACCCAAGACGCGUCAAUAUGAUACCGGCAAGGUGGAGGUUAUCGCACGUAACUCUGUGGGCGAAGCUAUUGCUUCGACCGAACUGAAUGUUGUUGCACGUUCGGAUGAUUAUCGCAAUGUUCUUAAGAACUCACCACGCCCCUGGUAUGAUCACGAGCUAACGGUCUAUCAGAAGGAGCGUCAGGAGAACGAAUUGGAAACUGCAUUCGAUGAGCGUAAGCAAUAUUUAUCCAAGCAGAGCGCACACACGCUGAAGGGUGUGGAGCAUUUGAAGCCGAAGCAAUACAAGCCCGAAACUCCCGAUUGGCAAACGAACGUCAAGGCCAAGAAGAGCGAGGAGUACUACAACAAGCUGCAGGUUCUGGCAACAGAGCAACUAUUGAAGGAAACUAAUUUGCGCAAGGAUACGCAUCAAUAUGCCAUACCCGGCGAUAAGGUGGUCAAUAGCUCAGCUGCCAAGGGCAUGGCACAGUCUUAUGAAGAAAAUCUUCAAGAGACAACCAGCACUACUCAGGUUAAGGCAGCACCACCCAAGGGCGUUGCGCAGCCUUCCGAGUCCUCUGUGCACGGUCGUGAAGUGCAUAUGAACAAGCAGCAGCAAGUGCAGAAGGAAAUCCAAGGCGAUCUGGAGAUUACACGCAAGAUUACAGCCACCGAAACCACUGAAGUGGAACACAAGGGCACCAUUCAAGAGCGUGUGGUCAAGGGACCCGUUAAGCCCGCCAAGGCGCCUGUGUUUAGCAAGAAGAUUCAACCCUGCCGUGUGUUCGAGAACGAGCAAGCCAAGUUCGAGGUGGAGUUUGAGGGCGAGCCCAUGCCUCAAGUGAAAUGGUAUCGCGAAAGCUUCCCCAUUACAAACUCGCCGGAUUUGCAGAUCCACACGUUUAGCGGCAAGUCCAUAUUGAUUAUACGCCAGGUGUUCAUCGAGGAUUCGGCUGUGUUCUCCUGCGUGGCCGAGAAUCGCGGAGGCACUGCCAAGUGCAGCGCCAAUUUGGUGGUGGAGGAACGCAGACGCGCUGGCAAGGGCGGCAUUCAGCCACCCAGCUUCGUCAGCACCAUUCAGAGCACCACUGUGGCCACCGGACAAUUGGCACGCUUUGAUGCCAAGGUCACGGGCACACGCCCCUUCGAUGUCUACUGGCUGAAGAAUGGCAUGAAGAUUCAGCCCAGCAUUAAGUUUAAGAUGCUGGAGGAGGACAGUGUGCAUACACUGCUGAUCAUUGAACCUUUCGCCGAGGACUCAGGUCGCUAUGAGUGCGUGGCUGUCAACGCUGCUGGUGAGGCGCGUUGCGAUGGCGACUGCAUUGUACAGUCACCCACCAAGCCGGAGAAGCCCAGCACACCGGGCAGCGAGAAGGCGCCACAUAUUGUGGAGCAGCUAAAGAGCGUGUCGGUGGAGGAGGGCAACAAGGUUAUCUUCCGCUGCCGCGUGGAUGGCAAGCCAACGCCCACCGCACGCUGGAUGCGUGGCGAGAACUUUGUGAAGCCAUCACGCUACUUCCAAAUGACGCGUCAAGGUGAAUACUACCAGCUGGUCAUAUCAGAGGCUUUCCCAGAAGACGAGGGUACCUACAAGUGCGUGGCUGAGAACAAGCUGGGCAGCAUUCAGACCAGUGCUCAGCUGAAGGUGCGUCCCAUUGAGAAUUUGGAUGCACCCCCGACUAUCACAGCGCUCAAGGAUGUGUCUGUAAGCGAAGGCAUGCCGGCGCAGUUCAAGACCACUGUGACGGGCAAGGUGAAGGCCACCAGUGUGCAAUGGUUUCGCGAGGGUCAACUCAUACCGGAGACACCAGAUUUUCAGAUGAUCUUUGAUGGCAAUAGCGCAGUGCUAUUGAUUGGCACCACCUAUGAGGAAGAUUCGGGCGUUUUUACAGUAAAAGUGACUUCGUCAACUGGACAAGUCGAGUCAUCAGCCAAACUGACUGUUAAAAAGCGACGUAUCUCGGCUUUUCAAUUGCGCACAAUUGAUUCCGCCGAAGAUGAUUCUUCUUCCUCGGGCAGGGAAGAUAGUGCACCAGAUUCGCCUGGUCCACAGCAGCCACAACUGCCUGGCAGUGUCCAUGGCCAAUACUUGACCGUUAAUGGCAUGGUGCAGCAUCAGGGACGUUCACGCACUAAGAAGCCCAAGGUGCGCAGCAAGUCCUUGCAGCCACCAACAAAUGUUGUGCCCUGGCGCAAAUCAACGCGUCCACAUCGAGGACGUUCGUUGGACAAGGCAUUGUUCUUGCCUGGAUUUAAGCCAGAGCCAGUCAAAACAUGGACGGAGGAGCCUAUUAACUUAAAGGUCACGCCCAUUGAGAAAAAGAAGCCCACGCCUAAGCUGGAAGCAGCCAAGGUGGUGCUCAAGUCCAUAAAGACAGAGCGUGACCAAGGCAUAUCGAGCCUGGGCGCUACGCUAGAACAGAUUAUAGCUGGUAAGACUGAAAAAGAGGCUGUGCCAUGGAUAACCAUGCGCGACAAGCUUAAACAGGUGGAGAGUGUGCAGCAGCAAUUGAGCAAGUUUGAUCUGGAUGAGGUUUACCUGCGUCCAAUUGAGGGACAAAUUGAAACCGAUGAGCAGCUGCCACAGCAGGCGCAGGUGGAGCAAGUGCAGCGCAACAAGGAAAUCCAAAGACUGAAGAGCAUGGAGAGCGUAGAGAUAAUGGAAAUGACUACGCAAAUCGAUAAGCUCAUAACACAGCAACAGAAUAACAAAGAUCUUAUACCUUGGAAAGAAAUGCGACAGCAAUUAAAGAGCGUACAGCGUGUUACCAAACAAAUCGAUAAGUUUAAGAUUGAAGAGGUAGAGCUGCGUCAUAUGCAGUCUCAGCAGGCCAUACAAGAAGAAUUCCAGACUACUGAGGAUAAUGCAGUGCUUAUGACCAUAGAUGAUAGCUCUAAGAGCUCCAUAUCAAAGGUUUUGCGCCGCGAAGACCUGCAGCACUAUGAGGAUCAAUCAGAUCUUUUCAAGCAACAGUUCAUUAUCACCGAAGAGUCAAAUAUUAUGCAUGUCUCCGAGCGCGAACGCCUGGAGCAGCAGCGAUUAAUCAGAGAGCAACAGGCUGUGAACUGGCGUCAGCAACAGCAGCGUCCACAGCUGCAGCCGCUUACUUCUGUGGAGGAUACGAUAUCACAGACUAGCGAACGUCAUAAGAUUGUACAACAGCAGAGUCUAAUUGAAGAGGCCCAGCGUCAACAGUAUGUGCAAGUGGAAGACUCGCAGAUGAUGAGUCUGGAGCAAUAUGAGCAUCUUAAGAUGAUCAAUCAGCGCACACAAGAAGAGGCUUACAAUUGGCGUCAGCCACGCGAGCCUCAGCAGUUUAUUCAGGUGGAAGAUUCUACUUUGCUACAUCUGCAGGAGCGCCAGGAUACACAGGAACAGGAAAUGUUGCAACCGCAGCCAGUUAUGUGGGAUCGUGGCAAGCGCCAGCCAAUGCAGCCACAGUCGGAGCAGCCACAACAGCCACAGUCACAGCAAGUUGUGGAUAAGCCCAAAACAUAUGAGGAAAUGCAUGAUGAGCUAGUCGAACCCAAGCCAGCACAGCAACCAGAGAUGGUGCCUGUCAUGUGGGAACGCGGCAAGAAGAAGCCUCAGCCCAAGACCUUUGAAGAGCUGCAUGAUGUGCUGCCAGAGGACAAAACUCAAGAGCAGCCAACUCCAGAGCCUGUCAUGUGGGAGCGUGGCAAGAAGAAUCAGCUUACACAGCAGGUCACAAGCACCCAAGAGUUGACGCAAACGUCUCAGAUAAUUGAACAGUCUCAGAUCGUAGAACAGCAAGUUGUAGAAGAAACCAAGAAGACUGCAGUUCGUCGUGUUAUUCCACCACGUCCAGUAGAAGAGAAAGUAGAGCAGGUUACACUUAAGCCCACACCUAGACCAACUCCCAAGCAGGCGCCAAAGACUGAAGAAUUCCAAUUGACGUCUCUUAAGAGCACCAGAUCUGUGCAGCAGACUGUUGAGCAGUCUACAGUACAGCAGGGCUAUGAAGAGGCUACUGAUGCUCUCACUGAAGACGUAACUCAGGUAACCGAAGUGAAAGAACCACAGCCUGUUAUGUGGGAGCGUGGUAAGAAGAAGCCACAGCAGCCAACAGAGCAGCAGCCAGAUGCAGCCAAAACACUGGAAAUUGCUGAUGACACAUUAGAGGAAGAGACUGUUAAGCCAGUUGAGCCUCAGCCAGAGCCUGUCAUGUGGCAACGCGGUAAGAAAAAGCCCCAACAAUCGACCACUCAAGAAGCACCUAAGACCGUUGAAAUUGCCGUUGAUACUAUGGAAGAAGAAAAGCCAGCAACAAUUGAACCAGCUCCACAACCAGUUAUGUGGGAGCGUGGAAAGAAGAAGCCGCAACCUCAGCAACCAGUAGAAGAACAAGUUGCGCCCACAAAAAAAAAUGAGGAAGCGUCUGACGAGCUUCCUGAAGAGGCUAAGGUUACAGACAAGCCGGAGCUCGUCAUGUGGCAACGUGGUAAGAAGAAGACACCACAACCUAAGCCAACUGAAGAAGUGCAUCCUGAUGAAGUUGAUGCACAAAUCGAGCGAGUUGCUCAAAUUGAAGAACAGGAAGACAUUGUUGAAGAGCGCCGCAGCGUAAAGAAGGUUAAGAAACCAAAGAAGACUGUUGAAUCAACAGAAGAAACUCCACAAGAAGAGGUAUCUGAAGAAAUUGAAGAGCAAGUCUCAGAAGUUAUCGAAGAACAAGAAGAUAUUAUUGAAGAAACAAAGAAAACGAAGAAGGUCAAGAAGCCAAAGAAAACUGCUGAAGUAACUGAGGAAACUGAGAAGCAGGAGCCAGAAGAGGAAGUUGUCGAAGAAGAAGAAGAGCUCGUUGAAGAAAAGAAGAAAACAAAGAAGAUCAAGAAGCCAAAGAAGACUGCUGAAGUAACUGAUGAAACUCUUCAAGAAGAUAUUUUGGAGGACAUUGAAGAAGAAGAUCAGACUCUACAGGAAGAAGUUAUUAAAGAUGAGGAAGAAGUCAUGGAAGAAAAGAAGAAAACAAAGAAGGUCAAAAAACCAAAGAAGACUGUUGAAUUCAGUGAAGAAGCCCCACAGGAACUUACCGUGGAAGAGCUUGAAGAGCAGGAAGAAGUCACUGAGGAACAAGAGGAAGUUGUUGAGGAAAAGCGUAAGGUUAAGAAGAAGAAGCCCAAGAAGCCUGUGGAAACUGAAGAUGAAACUGAAGAGGCUUUAGAAGAAGAAACAGUUGAAGAUGAAGAGAUUGUUGAGGAAAAACGUAAGAUUAAAAAGUCAAAGAAACCAAAAUCAAAGGAAUCUAAGCAAGUUGAAGAUGAAGCUGAUGAAAUUGAGCCUGAAGAAGUCGAUGAAAUUGAAGAGACUUCAGUUGAGAAGCCUAAGAAGAAGCCAACUGAAAAGCCAACAGUUGAAGAGGUAGAAAAGGUAAAUCUGAAGCCAGUUUCAAGAAAACAACAUUUACUUCCUGAGAAGGAGCAGCUUGAGGAAGUCAACUUAAAACCAGUCAAGAAAACGUCUUCUACUGUGGAGCCACAACAACCAGAGACUACAGAAAUAGAUAUUGUAGAAAAGGUAACUGAGAUCACCACUGAAGACCAAAUUGUAGAUGUUACCAAGAAACGCGUAAAGAAGAAGAAGCCAAAAACUAAGUCCACAUCUGAUGAUACUACUGAAGAGCCAACGGAGGAAGUUGAAGAAGAAGAGGAAGAGACAGUACCAGAAGACAUUGAGACUGUUGUGGAGUCUAUUGCCGAAGAACAACCUGACGAGGAAGAAAAGCCAAAAGAGAAAUCUAAACCAAAGCCCAAAAAGGAAGUUAUCGAAAUCGUUGAAGACAUAGCUUUGAAACCAGUUAAACGGGGAACAAAACAAUUACCUCAAGAAGCUGCAAUUGAAGAAGUACAGCUCAAGCCAACCAAGCGUAACAUUGUCAAGCCAGAGGAGGUCAAACUGGAAGAAGUUGAUCUACAGCAUGUUGAAAAGGUUGAGGAAGAAAUUGUACAAGAGGAGAAGCGCAAAGUUAAAAAGACUAAGAAACCCAAGCACGAAGACAUGCCUGAAAUUGAAGAUGCGGAACCAACGGUCUUGGAAGAAGCAGAGCAUAUGGAUAUUGAAAAAGAGCCUAAGCCAAUAGAGGAGCAACUUCAACUGCCAUACAAGCGUGGAGAGAAAAAGAAGCCGGUCGAGCAGCCCAUAGAGGAAAAACAAUGGCCAACUGGCAAACGCAGACCAUUGCCUGAAGAGCAGCCUGAAGAAGUGCACCUGAAACCGAUUCCAGGAAAGCCUGUAGAAGUUCCAGUUAAACCAGAAAAGGCAAUACCUGGACCACAAUUGGUGCCUGAAGAAAAGGUAGAAAGUGAAGACGAAAUAUCAGAUUUGGAGCCAUUAAAAAUGGCAGAUGAUAAACAGCCGAAAGAAAAGGUCAAAAAGGACAAGAAAAAGAAGCCCAAGCUAAAGAAGGCUACCCCAUCGGUUGAUGAAGUAUCAGAAGAAGUAGCAGAACCAUUUGCAGAGCCAAUUGCUGAGGAGGAUCAAGUCGAAGGCCUGCCUGUGGAUGAUGUAAAAGUGGUUGCAGUAUCUGAAGAUGUGCAGCCCGAAGAGGAAGUUGUGGUAACCGAUAAGACACCCGAAGCUAAACAAAAAGCGCACAAAAAACGCACGAAGCCUUUGAAACAAGCUUCGGUGGAAGGACAGCCACAACUGUUGGAGGCUGCCAUUGCUGAAAUCGAAAAGGCAGAUGAAAUUUCACAAGAGAUCUCACAAAAGACAAUUACAUUAUUAAAGAAGACUGAAGACACAAGACCACAAUUCAUUACCACAGAACAGCUCAUCGAACUUGAUGUAGAGGACGUAAGACGAGAUCUCGAAAUGAAGCUCACUUCAAAUAUUAUUAAAAAGGAAAAGCGCCGUGUGGUGCUGGAUGACAGUCAGCCACUGCCUGAAUUGGAGCUUAUUACACAAAAGCGCAUACAAGAGGGUAUCGAUAAGGUGGCUGAUGAAGAGCUUAUUGAAGAUCAACAGCUGAUGCAAAAUCUACAGGAGACCACAACCUCUGAGGUGAUUGGCCAAGAGCGCAAGCUGGUCAAGAAAAAGAAGAAGGAAAUCAAGCCACCACGUAUUACCGAGAAGCUACGCCCACGCCAAUGUGUGCCCGAGGAGCCAACUGUACUUGAGUGCAAGGUCGAAGGUAUACCAUUCCCAGAGAUUAAUUGGUACUUUAACGAUAUGCUGCUCUUUGCCUCGGAGAAGUAUGAGAUCACAGUCGUCGAGCAGGUGGCACAACUGAAGAUUGCUAAAGUCACGCCAAGCGAUGUGGGAGUUUACACAUGUGAAGCUAAGAACGAAGCUGGUGUAGCCACAAGCCGUACCAACAUUAUUCUUGAAAAAGAACAAGGAGUUGCGCCGCAGUUUACGAAACCGCUACAGAUUGUGUUUACUGAAGAAAAAGAGCCUGAAAGACUCAAGGUAACAGUUACAUGCCAAGUCACAGGCCAGCCAAAGCCACAGGUUAAGUGGUAUCGCGGCAUUGAGGAAGUUAUACCAAACGAGGCUCUGCAAAUGUUCUACGAUCAGCAGACAGGCGAUGUAGUCUUGGAGGUUAUGAAUCCUACGCCCAAUGAGGCCAUCACUUAUUCAAUACAGGCACAAAACCAAUUUGGUCGCGCUAUUGGCAAUGCCAAUAUUAUGAGUCGAUUAGAUGAGGUGCCCAAGGAAAUUCUAAAGGCACCUACCGUAACUCCCUUGAGUGCGGUUGUUAUACCCAAUGGUGGCACUUUGCUCUUUGAAGCUACAUACACUGGUAUGCCCAAGCCAGAGAUUAAAUGGCUACGCAAUGGUCGCGAGAUAAUAGAGAAUGAGGAGACCAUCGUUGAAACAACUGAAACUACAACCACAAUUAAAGUUAUUAAUAUGACGCGGAAGCGUACUGGCAAAUAUGAAGUUUGCGCCAAGAACAAGGUCGGCGAGGCGAAAUCUUCAGGCUCUGUGGUUGUUUCAGACCAAAAGCCAGAUAAGCAAAUAAAGCCUCCUAGGUUUAUACAGCCAUUGGAGCCAAAGUUCUUUGGCGAACAUGAAGUGGCCAUACUCGAAGCAGUUGUUGAUUCGGAACCGAUUUCAUCAUUCCAAUGGUUUGUGCAUAAUGAGCCUAUAAAGAGCUCUAAUGAAUGCCGCAUUGUCAGCCACGCCAACAAAUCGACGCUAUUGAUUGAGGACUUUGAAAAGAAGUUUACGGGCCCAUUUACUUGCCGCGCUGAGAACGUUGGCGGCUCUGUGACCUCUACUGCGACAGUUGAUUUGAUUGAGGCUAUGCCGCAGGAGGAGGUGACUGAAUUUGAAUCGCCACGCUUCAUUGAGGAGCUGGUCGAGCCAGUUGAAGUGAUGGAUGGUGAGGCGCUGCUGUUGACUUGCCAGGUGACGGGCAAGCCCACGCCAAAGGUUAAAUGGUAUCAAAAUAAUGAAAAAAUUAUCGAAACUAAGGAGACGACAAUAUCGCAAGAUGCGCAAGGCAUUUGCCAGCUGCAAAUAACAGAAGUAUUCCCUGAGAACCAGGGCGAAUACAAAUGUGUGGCAAGCAAUAAGAUUGGCAAAAGCGUCACCAAGACAACAGUUAAUAUUCAAGCAUUUGAAUAUAUCCCCGAUUCUGAAAUCACUGGACUCACAGGCUCUGAGGAGGACCUACUUGAUAGAACUAUCUCUAUCGACGAACAAGCACCGAAAAUUGUUAAAAAACUGCCUGAAAAAAUCGAACCCAAAGAGGGUGAACAAGCGAAAUUGGAAGUUAAGGUUAUUGGCAAGCCAAAACCGAAAGUCAAAUGGCUACGUGACGACGAACAGAUAUUCGCAUCUGAAGAAUAUCAAAUCGAAGAUUUCGAAGAUGGCACCUCUGUGCUGGUUAUCAAUCAUGUGUAUCCCGAUGAUAUGGGCACAAUUAGCUUUGAAGCUUACAAUCCAUUGGGAGUUGCAGUAACUACCGCGCUCUUUGCAGUCGAAGGCAUCGUUGGAUCAAAGGAUUAUCGCAAACCAGAAUGGGUUUCUCACAUGGAAGAGAUGCAGGUUGCUCUUAAAGCUGCUAAAUGCUCACCAUCGCUGCUUAAUGAAAUGCGUGACUGUCGUGCCGCCUUAGGUGAAACAGCCAAGUUUACAAUACAAUUUGCAGGCAAUCCCAAGCCAGAUAUACAGUGGUAUUUCAACAAUGUGCAACUUAGGGCAUCUGAAAAGUAUCGCAUGAUAGUGCAGGAAACUGAAGCGACCUUAGAGAUAAUGAAAAUCACAAGUGAUGAUUGUGGUUACUACAAUUGCAAGCUCAUCAAUGAGAUUGGCAUGACAAUGACGCGUGCCAAAUUUGACAUUAGCUCCACAACUACAAUCGAAGAGGAAAAGACCAAAAAGACGACAAUUAAAAAGAAGACAGCCAAAAAGACUGUAGCCAAACGAUCUGGUGCCAGUGAAUCUCGUAGAACCGAAAUUAAAAUAGUGCCAGCUGUCAAGACAGAGACUACAAUGAAUGUGAUUAAAGUCCGACAACCUGUACCCAUACUGGUUGAACAGAGUGGUGUAUCUGAAGUUAUGCAGGUCAAAGAUCGCAAAGUUGCCGAUGCUGAGCAGCGUAGCAAAGUUAUAGAAGAAUACGUAACAUCAGAAGAAGAAGAAGAAGAGCAGGAGGUAGAACAACAUAAAUCUGAAAUACAUAUCGAGCAAAAAUAUACUUCAAGCAAAACUAUACAGCUUACGGAAACAGUUGAGGUCAUACGUAAAAAAAUUACACAGAAAAUUAUAACAAUUGAAGACAUCUACGAGAUAAGUCACCACGAGGAAGUGCAAUGGCUACUCGAGUCAAUUGAGGCCGAAUCUUUUGGCACAAUUGGUGAGGCUGCUCUAAGAGAUUUAGCCACCAUUGGUGUGCUGCUGCGCUAUGGCUGCGAUCAUUUUGAGAUUAUAUAUAUGUAUGAGAAAAAUAUAUUCAUAUCUCUGAAGAAGCCUGAGUCGCAAUCGGCUUUGGUUCAACUAGUCGAGCGCGAGGGACACGAGGAGCUGAUAACACAGAUCUUAAGCGAAUCUUCAAAUGAGGAUGAAACCAUAUUGGCAGCCACUGUGGGUUUUAAGGCGUUCAUCUGCAUGAUACAGACAUGCGAAAUUACCAUUGAGACGGUUAUACGAAAGUUUCAUAGAGAGGACUUUAUAUCGCAUGAUUGGAAAAUCUGUGGAAAGGAGAGAAUAGUAGAGACAUCACAUAUUAUUGAAAGUCACGAGGCUAUAACGCAUAUAAAAAUUGAGGAAACAUUUGUCGAGGAACGCACAAUAGUUGUCGAUGAAGAAACAACAACCACAAAAGUGGAAAAACAAAUCAUACAACAAGAACAAGAACAACAUGUACAAGUACAAGCUGAACAAACUGUGCAAAAGAAAACCAAAACGAAGCUUAAGAAACAUACAGAAACAAUACAAGAACAAGAACAAGAACAAAUCGUACAAACACACGAAGAGAGCAAUAUUAUCGAAACAAUUGAAACACAAGCAAGAGAAUCAAACACUGAAGAUCUACAGAUUGAAACACUUGAGGACAUUCAAGAUCAAUUGACUUAUGAAACACUCACUACGCAAAAUCUUUCUGAGAGCAGGCAGCAAACAAUUGCAGUUGCUGAGACAACUGAACUCUCCACACCGAAACCUAAAGCCACAAAAAUACCAAAACAGAUUUUACCACACAAACAAGUUGCACUCAAUGAGCAAACUGACAGUUUGGAGGAACUGGGUGAGAACGUGGAAGAGCCAAAGUUAGUGAGCAGUAAGCUUAGCGAACAAGUUGAGGUAACUGAAAGACAUGCCGUAUCCGUUAGCGAGACAGGCGCAAAGGAAAUGCCGCAAGAAUUGAAAACUUCGAAAAUUCCCAAGCGUAUUAAAGCCGAGCGCAAGGUAAAGGAAUCUCAACCCUUGUUGGUAGAGGCCACAAGCGUUGAGGAUGCAGUCGACGAAAUCGAGCCACUCAAAACAGCUAAACAAAAAGCACAUGCGGAGUUUAUAGUUUCACAUGAGCUAAGCACUGAAGAGCAGCCCGCCUUGGAUAGCGUAGAGAGCCUUAAAGUCCCCUCGUCUAUAGCCGAGGAAGCUAAGCCCGAGUUUGUAGAGCGUCAAAGUAUUUUAGUCACUGAGUCGCUCAGUCAUGAAACCACUGAUAAGGAAGUAACACAAGCCAAGCCACAAAGCGAACAAAUUCAAGUUAAACUUAGCUCAAAUGUUAGUCUGGACAUUAGCGAAUGUCAGCCAGUUGACUCUAUAGAGCAGCUACAGACCGCUGCUGAAGUCCGUGCUGAGCACGGCUCUACUAGUGUGGAAGAAUUCAAAACUGUUAGCACUACCGAGUCAAAGACAUUGGAAAGUGUCGAUGUACUUGAAACAACAACACAGCCCGCUAAAAUUUUAGCUGAAGUAAGCAUAAAACCUGAGCAGGUGCCAUUGCUGGUGGAGGAAGUUGAGCAACUGGAUACAUUAGGUACUGAACAGCCGGCCAGGCCACACUUGGCUGAGCUGCAGGCUACAAGAGAAUUGGUUGUAACUGAAGGCUUAAUACAAACCACCGCAGAUGCGCAGAGUCCCUCAGAGGAAGGCCUUCCCGCUUUCCAAAUUCAACCUUUUGAAGCGGACUUGCAGCUGGAAACUGAGCAUCAUAUUAUCACCGAGCAGACGCAAAUCGAGGAAGCGCGUCCUGGUGACUUGGAUGUGGUUGUAGGCAAAAGCACUGAUGUCACCGUUGGUCAGACCACAGCACUUACAAUUGGCGAAACACAAGAGACACAUUUAGUGGAAAGCACAGAGCAACUUAUUCCAGAAACUAUGGAGACCACUAAGCCUAUUAAGGAAAGCUUAAGCCAAGCUUUAGCCACUGCAGCUGGUCAAGAAGAAACUACUUAUGAUACAGUAGGCAAAUUGGAUAAACCUGUGGAUGCAAAACAAGCAGGCAACUUAGCAAUAACGGAAGCCGAAGUAGUUGCAGAAACUACAACGCAAACCAUUAAUGAAUCCGAGCAACAGCUGCAGCAAACAGAGCCAGACGUAGUGCAAGCUAAGCUGGACUUUGUGCAACAAAAGGCAUUGGCUGUUAAAGAAGAUACAAGCAUUGAAAAGGAAACUCAACUGCCCCAGGAAGAGACAAAACCAGAACAGACUGCUGUUGAAAAAAUGGACCAAGCAGGCCUGAAGUUGCCCAGCAUUUUGGAAAUGCAGACACAACAAAACACGCUAGAUAUAGCCAAGGAUGAACUUAAGCCAGCUACAGCGAAUGAAGCAUUUGAGCCGCAAGCAAUUGGCGUUACCACACAGCAAAAGCCACUGGAGGGCACCACUGACUUGGAGCUACCAAAGCAAGCUGAAGAAAAAACUCUGAAGCCUAUUAUCGAUGAAAAUCAACAGCCUUUGGAAGUGACUACUGUGCAAAUUAGCGAAACUAGCACAGACUUAAAGGAGGAGCUGCCAAAGCCGGUGCCAACUGUGGCGCCCAGUACAACCGAAGCUUUAACACAAGUUGAGCGCAUGGAGGUCGUAUUAUUGGAGUCCACCAAAGAUCAAGAAGCUGAUGCGAAACCAACGCUGCUGCUGGCGGAAGUGACUCUGCCAGCUCAGAUAGGAACUGACAUAACGGAGCAGGCUUUCUUGGAGACUUUAGAGCCAUAUCAGCAGCCAGCACAACCGUCUGAGCAAACUACUGUCAAAGGACUUAAUCUACUGCAGCCUUUGGAGACAAGCUCUUGCUUACCCUUAGAGCAAGAAACACAAUUACCUGACGAAAUGAAGAGCACAGAGCAAACAGCUACAAUGGGCGAUUUACAAGCAUUACAAGUGGCCAAUAAGACGAGCCCAGAACAAUUGGAAUCGUUGCAAGAGCUGGCAGCGCAACCAGAAACUGAACAGCAGGCCAAAAUCAAUAUUAGCGAAAUGAACUUGGCAGCUAGUGAACAACUAACCUCCUACGAUGCAGUUGAGGAUUAUACAACAAAAACACCAACUGAGGGCCAACUAAGCGGCAUAGAAAUUAUUCCUAACAAAAAUGCUUUAAGCACAACAACAGCGAUAGUAUCUGAGAAGACAGAGGAAUUGCCACUAUCUACUCUAGAUCAAGAAACAGCUAUAACACCCAAAUUGAGUGAUUUUAGCAAAAAGUCUGCGGUAUCAGCUGAGCCAACCAUUAUGGAUCAGCUUGGUACACUUAAUACCGAAACACCGAAAUUGGAAACUAGCCAGUCUGGCUUGACCAGCUUCAAGGACCUUGCAGUAGAAGAAACAAAGACUUUUGAUAAGGAAGAGCUGCUAUCACUUGAAGCCCAACCCACUGAGCAAGUGGUUCAAAUUGCUGUAGACUCGACUACCGGUGCUGUGUUACGCACGCAACAGCCCACAUAUGAAUUGGAAAAGGAUUUAGUAGUACCAGCUGUUACUAUGGAGCAGGCAAAGCCCGCAAACUUGGAACUAUUGAAAUUACCUUUGACAGAAAGUGCGCAAGAACAACAGUCCACUGGCGAUUUAGAUGAUUUCACAGUAAGCAAUAAGUAUGCCACGGCCAGCAUUGAUCUACAAAACGAAACUACUUCAACUGAAGCUAUUGCCUACGAAACUCUACGAUCCUCUGAAGAUAGCAAGCAAAUUGAGUGUGUAGGCACAGAAUCUCUUCUACCACAUGAGCAUACUUUGGUUACAGAGUGCACUGCUCUGCGCAAGGCAGAGGAAUUUACACAAGAACCAGAACGCCAACGAACAGCGCAAGCCACGCAGGAUAGCUUAACAGCAUUACCCGUAGCAGCGGAUCAAAGCACAUUGGAGUCGGAAAUCGCUUUUGACAGUAAACCGUCAACAGAGCUCAAUGCAACAAUUUCACAAGCAAUGCCUGCCCUAUGCACACAAGAAGCUCACGUAGUCAAAGUAUAUGAAACAAUGGGCGAGCCGCUGGAUGAAGACAAGUUCAGCACACAACAAGUCGAAGUUACGCAUGCAAUGGCCCAUGCGCAAAUAACGAAUUUACAGCAAACUGUCGACACUGAAGACGUUUAUCAAACGCCAGCGCAAAUUGUUUCAACUGCUGUUGUAAAUGAAACACCUUCCACUUUGGGCUUGCCGAUACAAUCUGACAUGCAUGCCGUGGAGAAUGUUGACGAAUUUAGUGCUCCAAGAGCAGCUGAAAAAUUGGCUCAAAGCAGUGUAGAGGGUCGAAAUUAUGAGGUUUCUGUUACCGAUAUGCAUAUUGUAGAAGAUGCCGAGCAUAUUCCAAAAUCUGAUCAGCUUAUUGCCCAGGCAACACUGUCUUUUGAUACUAUGUUUAAGGCCACGCCUGAAUCUCAACAGCCAGAAAUUUUCCAUAAGGAAACAGCCAUGAGAGACACCAUUAAUCCGUCUGGCUUGGCCAAGCCGGCAUUAAGUGAUAUGCUCACAUGUACAACAACAACAGAUAUGACACCUUUGGAACCAUCAGAAUAUAUGAAAGACAUUCCAGCCGAUAUACAAAAAGCGCAAAUAUAUCCAUUUAUCAAAUCUGAUGCCGACAAAUUAAACGUACAGCAAGAUGAGGUGAUUCUUGAUAAGGAAGAGACGUUUUCAAUAACUCCUACAGUUGCUUAUGGAAAACCUUUCAUUGAAGGCACAAAUCGCGAAACGCUUGUGUCGGAAACUAUACCAAUUGAAAAUGUUGACAACUUUGAAUUAACAAAACCUAUGGAGACUACAAGUGAAAUACGUACGGAAUCACAAAUACAUAAAACAGUUAUGGAAGUUAAAGCAUAUGAAGAAGCGGUUGACCUUAAGAAUAACGUUGCUGCUCAACAGCAUAUCGCUAAAAUUGGAACUGAUACGGAAACUAACCGCGCUAAACUUACCACGGAGCUCACGCCUUUCAUAAAAGAAGAUAAACUGACGCCCAUGUCUACAGUGAAGGAUGUCGCAAAUGUCUGCAGCAUUGAAAAAGAGUCAAUGAUUACAGAGGAGGUUAUGCUUGUUAGUUCUAUUCAAGAGUCAUACGAUUUUUGCGUGCCUAAAGAUAUGACAGCAAGCAUAACUCAACAUGCCCCAAAUGAAGCAACAAGAAUUAGUGAAGAAAUUGUAUUUGAAAGUUCACCCGAUUUAAAUGUUGAGCCUGACAUAAGCACAUUGUCAAAAAUAAACUUAGCUGAAGAUAAUUUGAAACCAGUCGAAAGCUCUAUUAUUAAUGUUUACGAAAAUGUGGAAGGACAUGGUGAAUUUAAGCCACUUACUGAAACAGCAGCAACGAAAUCCGCUGUUAGCUCUGAUUUGAAGGUUUCGGUUGUGGAAGAAAUAUCUUCUAUGCAAAGCACCGAUGUAAUGCAGAAUAUUGUACUACAAUCAGCGCAGGCAAAACCAGAAAAUAUUACAAAUAAAAAUAUACUUGUUUCUAAACAAGAACCAUGCGAAAAUGUGCAACAUUUGUUGGACGAUAUGUUACCUCACACAGAAAGUGCAUCUCUCGCACCUAUCGACAGAAAAUUUGCUGCGCUGUCUAGUCAACGACAUGAAAAGGGAUCCACACUUGUUAUCAGUAAUGACAAAGUAGACUUUGCAUUUGGCACUCCUAGCAUUACGCCACUUACAGAGUGUAUUAGUGAGCAAACAAGUACCGAAGAACAUGUUGAAAAAUUAGAAAUAAAUAAACCAACAAACCUCACAACUCCAAUCGUCAGUGUAUUACCUAACAUUACAGCCACUACACAGCAAGACGAUGAGCUCAAUUUAACAGAAAGUUUUACCACAACACAAAACCUUAAACAUAUAAAGCCCACAAGGGAGAAAAGUGAACAUAUUUCUCAAUCAAUUAUAUUUGUUUCCGAUAAUAUAAACGAAUUCUUGCCACACGAAAUUGAGCUAUCAAAAAAUGCACAAUGUACGAUUAUACCAAAGCAUGGUAUGCCACAAGUAGAAAUACAUAAUCUUAAAGAUGAUACAAAUAGCUUGGAGUUUCAAACCGAGCUUAAAUUGCAAUCAACUCCAGUGUCAGAGUAUGAAAGCCUUGUUACAGAUUCUUUAAUUGAAACGGUAAAACCAAAUACGGAUACAAAUAAAGCCACAGACACAACACAUACACAAGAACAAACACCAACACAUAUAAACGAUACACACGAAGCUGAAAUUGAGGAAAUUCCUGAAAAAAUUCAAGUUGUAGAAGAGGUAUUAACUGAUGGAAAAACUAAAAAGAAAAAGAUUCGCACACGCGUCGUCAAAAAGGUCAAAGGCGACAAGCAAGAAGUCACCACAAUAGAAACUGUCGAAGAAGAUGACAAACAGCCCGAAACUACUGUGACUGUUGAAGAAAUUCCACUGGAAGAAGCACAAACUAAUGAUAUCAAGGAGCUUCCAGAGGAAAUUCGUGUGGUUGAAACCAUUUCUGAAGACGGCAAGCCUACAAAGAAGAAGAUUCGCACACGCGUCAUCAAGAAGGUCAAGGCCAACAAGCAAGAAGUCACCAAGAUUGAAACUGUCGAAGAAGAUGACAAGCAGCCCGAAACUACUGUUACUGUUGAAGAGAUUCCAUUGGAAGAUAAGCCCGAAAAAAUUACGGAGCUUCCAGAGCAAAUUCGUAUGGUUGAAACCAUUUCUGAAGACGGCAAGCCCACAAAGAAGAAGAUUCGCACACGCGUCAUCAAGAAAGUCAAGGGCAACAAGCAAGAAGUCACCAAGAUUAAAACUUUUGAAGAAGAUGACAAGCAGCCCGAAACUAUUGUUACUGUUGAAGAGGUUCCAUUGGAAGAUAAGCCCGAAGAAAUCACGGAGCUUCCUGAGGAAGUUCGUGUUGUUGAAACCGUUUCUAAAGACGGCAAGCCCAAGAAGAAGAAGAUUAGCACACGCGUUAUCAAGAAGGUUAAGGGCGACAAGCAAGAAGUCACCAAGAUUGAAACUGUCGAAGAAGAUGACAAGCAGCCCGAAACUACUGUUACUGUUGAAGAGGUUCCAUUGGAAGAUAAGCCCGAAGAAAUCAAGGAGCUUCCUGAGGAAGUUCGUGUUGUGGAAACUGUUUCUGAGGACGGCAAGCCCAAGAAGAAGAAGAUUAGCACACGCGUUAUCAAAAAGGUUAAGGGCGACAAGCAAGAAGUCACCAAAAUUGAAACUGUCGAAGAAGAUGACAAGCAGCCCGAAACUCUUCCUGAGGAAAUUCGUGUGGUGGAAACCAUUACUGAAGACGGCAAGCCCAAGAAGAAGAAAAUUCGCACACGCGUGAUCAAGAAGGUUAAGGGCGACAAACAAGAAGUCACCAAGAUCGAAACUGUCGAAGAAGAUGACAAGGAGCCCGAAACCACUGUAACAGUUGAAGAAACUCCAGUGGAGGAAGAUAAGCCUGAAGAAAUCACGGAGCUUCCUGAAGAAAUUCGGGUUGUCGAGACCAUUACUGAAGACGGCAAGCCCAAGAAAAUGAAGAUUCGCACGCGCGUAAUCAAGAAGGUUAAGGGCGACAAACAAGAAGUCACCAAGAUCGAAACUGUAGAAGAAGAUGACAAGCAGCCCGAAACCACUGUUACAGUUGAAGAACUGCCAGUGGAGGAAGAAAAAUCUGAAGAUAUCACGGAGCUUCCUGAGGAAAUUCGUGUGGUGGAGACCAUUACUGAAGACGGCAAGCCCAAGAUGAAGAAGAUUCGCACACGCGUGAUCAAGAAGGUUAAGGGUGACAAGCAAGAAGUUACCAAGAUCGAAACUGUCGAAGAAGAUGACAAGGAGCCCGAAACCACUGUAACAGUUGAAGAAAUGCCAGUGGAGGAAGAAAAACCUGAAGAAAUCACGGAGCUUCCUGAAGAAGUUCGUGUUGUUGAGACCAUUACUGAAGACGGCAAGCCCAAAAAGAAGAUUCGCACACGCGUGAUCAAGAAGGUUAAGGGCGACAAACAAGAAGUCACCAAGAUCGAAACUGUCGAAGAAGAUGACAAGCAGCCCGAAACCACUGUAACAGUUGAAGAAAUGCCAGUGGAGGAAGAAAAACCGGAAGAAAUCACGGAGCUUCCUGAAGAAGUUCGUGUUGUCGAGACCAUUACUGAAGACGGCAAGCCCAAGAAAAAGAUGAUUCGCACACGCGUGAUCAAGAAGGUUAAGGGCGACAAACAAGAAGUCACCAAGAUCGAAACCGUCGAAGAAGAUGACAAGCAGUCUGAAACCACUGUAACAGUUGAAGAACUGCCAGUGGAGGAAGAACAGUCUGAAGAAAUCACGGAACUUCCUGAAGAAAUUCGGGUUGUCGAAACCAUUACUGAAGACGGCAAGCCCAAGAAAAAGAAGAUUCGCACGCGCGUAAUCAAGAAGGUUAAGGGCGACAAACAAGAAGUCACCAAGAUCGAAACUGUCGAAGAAGAUGACAAGCAGCCCGAAACCACUGUAACAGUUGAAGAAAUGCCAGUGGAGGAAGAAAAACCGGAAGAAAUCACGGAGCUUCCUGAAGAAGUUCGUGUUGUUGAGACCAUUACUGAAGACGGCAAGCCCAAAAAGAAGAAGAUUCGCACACGCGUGAUCAAGAAGGUUAAGGGCGACAAACAAAAAAUCACCAAGAUCGAAACUGUCGAAGAAGAUGACAAGCAGCCCGAAACCACUGUAACAGUUGAAGAAAUGCCAGUGGAGGAAGAAAAACCGGAAGAAAUCACGGAGCUUCCUGAAGAAGUUCGUGUUGUUGAGACCAUUACUGAAGACGGCAAGCCCAAAAAGAAGAUGAUUCGCACACGCGUGAUCAAGAAGGUUAAGGGCGACAAACAAGAAGUCACCAAGAUCGAAACCGUCGAAGAAGAUGACAAGCAGCCCGAAACCACUGUAACAGUUGAAGAACUGCCAGUGGGCGAAGAACAGUGUGAAGAAAUAACGGAGCUUCCUGAAGAAGUUCGGGUUGUCGAAACCAUUACUGAAGACGGCAAGCCCAAGAAAAAGAAGAUUCGCACGCGCGUAAUCAAGAAGGUUAAGGGCGACAAACAAGAAGUCACCAAGAUCGAAACUGUCGAAGAAGAUGACAAGCAGCCCGAAACCACUGUAACAGUUGAAGAAAUGCCAGUGGAGGAAGAAAAACCGGAAGAAAUCACGGAGCUUCCUGAGGAAGUUCGUGUUGUUGAGACCAUUACUGAAGACGGCAAGCCCAAAAAGAAGAAGAUUCGCACACGCGUGAUCAAGAAGGUUAAGGGCGACAAACAAGAAGUCACCAAGAUCGAAACCGUCGAAGAAGAUGACAAGCAGCCCGAAACCACUGUCGAUAAUCUUGAUGAAGUCACUACAGUUAAUGUAAUUGAAGAAGAAAAUAAGGAACCUAUUACCAGCGUACAUGUAGAAACAGUUCCUGUCGACGAAACUUCAACCACUCCAAUUCCAAUUGAAGAACUGCCAGAGGAAAUAGUCUUCACUGAAGAGCUUUCUGAUGACAAGAAACCAAAGAAAAAGACAACCAAAACACGUACAUUCAAAAAACAAGGACCAGAAGAUGAGCAAUAUUACCAAAUUCAAACAAUUGAAGAAGAAGGCAAAGAGCCGUAUUCACUUAUUCGCGUAGUGAGCGAUGAUAACAUUGCUGAUAUUAUCGACAUUAGUAAGCUUGACGAUGAACAAGUUCCAAAACAAAAACAAAAACCACACAAACAGAAGGCGGAGAAACCACAACCCCAACACAAAGAUACGGAACACCCAGUAUACAUUACAACAUUCAAGUCUGUUCAAAACGAUGAUGGCGAAACAACAAUUCAAACUGAAAAUAAAAUAAUAUCUGAAGAGGAAGGCAUCAUUGUUGAGGAAAUUCUUAGUGAUACUGAAUCCAAUAAAGAAGACAAUACACACUCAAAUGUUGAAAUUGUUGAAGUCAACGAGCCUACAGACCAAUACAACAAAGAGUACACUAUCACAGAACCCGAAGAUGUAAGUGCAGACAACACCGAACAUACACCAAUUAAAGACAAAAAGACUAGACAGAAACAUAAACAAACACAACCAAAACAAUUCGAACAGAUUGACGAGACAGUAGAAGAAACUGCUGAGUUAGUACCAGCUGAUAAAAAGGGAAAGCCCAAGAAGAAAAAAGUAAUAAAGACAAAAAAAGAUGAAAUGGAUGAAUAUAUUCAAUUUCUUAUACAUCAAGAAAUUCCAAAAACUGUGCUGAACCCGUAUACACGGACAGAUAUGGAGCAACCUCAAAGAGCAAGACGCGACUCAUCUAUUAAGCCAAUGAAACUUACGCCAAUAAAAAUAGAAAAAAUCGAAAUCAAAAAACCGAAGAGGAUUGAAAUAAGUUCUGUUGCCGAAUUUCCGCAAAUGCUUAAACUUAAAGCACCAAAACAGCGACCAAAGGAUGAAAAAACAAAGAAAGCUGGAGAGGGAUCAUUUAAAAAUAAGAAACUUAAGAGCGUUAUAAAGUUUAUUCCUUACGCUCCUUACUGUUUCUCAUACACCGUUACCGAUAUACAAACUAACUGUGAUGUUGGUGAACUUUCACGUAACGUAGAAGAGGCAGAAGAACUCCUGAAACUACGUCCCAAGAAAUUUAAGCAUACGAAGCCUACUAAAGCCGUAUUGGAGCAACCCGAUUUGCCAACGACUGAUGACGAAAAUGUUUUGCCAGAAGAGAACCAAACAAAACCUAAAUACGAACGUACAAAAAAAACCAAGGAUGAAAAGGAGAAAAAUAUUUCGAAACUAAAAAUUGGUAAAGGAAAAAUUCCGGAAAAUGUGGAAAACAUUGAAGAGGUUCAACUCAAGCCAGUUGAAUUUGAUAUUAAGGAUGAGCAAGUUAUUGAAAAGCCGAAAACUGUAGGCAAAGAAAAAGAAACAAUAAAGAAAGACAAGAAACCCAAAAAAGAUGAUGAGAUACUCGGAUUCAAGCCAAUUAAGGAUAUUGACAGCGAUGAAGAGCAAAAGCUUCAAGACUUCAAAUAUGAGCUCAUUGAAUUAGAGCCUGAAAUAAUAAUAGAUGAAGUGGACAACAUUACUCAACCAACUAUUAAAGAGCCUAAAAAGAAACGUAAAAUCAAGGUUAUAACUGCAUCUGAAGAUAAUCUUAUUGAGAUUGUAGAAGUUUCUCCGCUCGAUUGCAAUGUAGAAGACGUGAUAUAUCAAGUGACUAUAACCAGCUCUGAAAUUGAUGAAAAUAGGCCAACGGAAAUGAAACCCUUAAAGAAGAAAGUCAAACGAAUGACUAAAAAGGAAUUGGCUGAGUUUGAAACAGACAUAAGAGAGGAGCCUGAGCAGAAAUUCUAUGAAACCACUAUUUAUGAUUUCUACGAAGUUAAACUUACUGAACUACAACCAGAAAUAGAAACAUCUGAUGAAAAACCAAUGAAGGAGAAGAAGCAUAGAAUUUUGCAUGAAAAGGGGGAUGAAAAACAAAUAUUGGAAAUUGUUGAAAUAACUCCUACGGAAGGCGAAGAGCCAUUAUAUGAGGUAACAAUUAAAUCAAUUGAAAGUUUAGAGGAAAUAGAUUCUCCAAAAACAACUGAUCAACCAAAAUUGAAACCAAAGAAAAUGACGAAAGCUGAUCUUGAUGAUUAUAUUCAAAUGCUAAUCAAUGCAGAGAUUCCAAUCACUGAAUUAGAAAAAUACGAAAAAACUGAUAUUGAUGGUAAGCCGAAGAAACUUAAAAAACAAAAGAGCAAAACCAUCGAGCCUGUUUUCGACGAAGGUGAAUCUUUUGAAAUUGGGCUUACGCAGGAAGAGCCUAAGAAAAUGCCAAAAGAGAAAAAGCAAAAACCAAAGGCUAUUAUAAAGGAGAAAUCAGUGGAUGAAACGCCAACCCCCACUAAACAUGAGGAAUUCACAAUAAAUACACUUGAUUCGCAGAAUAUUCCAGAAGGAUUAUUAGGCGACACAAUAGAGAAACCUCUUCUAAGUGUUGAAGAUAUACUUACUGAUAUAAGUAAGACUCUACCGAUACUUGUAAUAGAAGAAAAUAUUGAAUCUAUUCCAGAAGCUCUCGAAGAUAUUGAUAUACCAGAAACUAAAAUAAUUAAAAAGCGAAAGAUAAAAGCACGGAAGGGAUCAAAGCAGUAUGAAAUUCAAAUAGUAGAAACCCAAGAAAAUGUCGAGGAUGACAAAAUUGCUAACGUUACAGUUAUUACAUUUGAGAGUACUGAUUCAACUAUCGAUAAGCCAAGCAAACAACAACCAGAAAAGGUAAAGAAAACUGUUAAGAAAGUUAAGAAGGAAAACCUCAAGGAGUAUAUUGCAAAUGUUAUCGAUGAGACCCCCACUGUAACUGAUGUUAUGCUUUGUGAAGCCACAUCCACACUUCCAGAUAAGCAACCAUCCGUGGAAGAUGAUACUACAAGUUUCAAAACAAUAGUCUUAGAAGAAGAAGCCGAGAUAUCUAUUGAAGGCUAUGAUAUAUCAGAUAAUAGAGCAAAACCCUCCUCAAAAGACAAAAAAAAGAAAACAAUCAAGCAGAAAGAAGUUAAGGUAAUUGAAGAGUUGCCAAUAACAGAUGUAGAUUUUACUCAGGAAGAAGAAUGCCCAAGUGAACAUAAUGAUGACAAUAAACUUACUUCGCCUGAUUCUUUCUUGGCUGAGGUAACCGAAAAUGAACCAAAGCCUAAGAAAAAAAUACCUAAGCAGAAAGUGGAGAAAAAAGUAUCUAAGCCAAUUUCUGAAUACACUAUCCGUAUUGAAGAACUUGCUCCUGAAACUUCAACAGAACAAAUUAUAAAUGAACAAGGAGAAGAAGUAGAGAAAAUUACUACCAAGAGGAAACUAAAAAAGAAAGAAGGUCCAAAGGAGUAUGUAAUUGAAGUAAUUGAGACUUAUGAAGAAAAUAAGCCUGAUAUGGAGCUAAUUGUCAAGACUAUUGAUGUAACGCCCGACUCAGAAGCUGAGCUUCCUGAAGAACACAAAGUUAAGGUUGUGAAAAAGAAAAAACCUAAAGUAGAGGAUACGGACAGCUAUAUUCAUGAAUUAAUAGAAGAAGAUACUCCGAAAACCGAGCUAGAGUCAUUUGAAGCAACUAUGGUGACAACAACACCAGAGAUCAAGACGCCAAAGAGGACAAAGAAGCAUUACAAAAAGACCACGGAAAUUAUUGACGGUGUUCCACAAACUAUACAUGAGAUUACAAUACAAGAAUUCGAGCAAGUCACAGAGGAGUUACCAGACGAGAAAGAAAUUGAAGUAAUCGAAGAAGAUUUCCAAACAUCCGAGCCAAUUGAAGAUCUUAAAGUUGACGAGUCUUCAGAAAAACCUAAGGAUAAACCAAAAAAAGACAAGAAAUCCAAAGUAAAGGUUACUGAGCAAACACCAGUGAAAAUUGAAAAUAUUGAAGAAGCCAUAGAAGUCGUCAAUGAAGAAGUUGAUGAUGGGUCAACCAAGGAAGUUCAAGUUAAGAAGCGCAAGGUUUUACGAAAGCAAGGUCCCAAAGAGCAAGUUUUUGAAAUAACAGAAAAAACUACUUUUGAUGAACCCUUAGCAGAAGUCACUAUUGUAGAAAUCUUAGAAGAUGAUAAGCCUGAUAAUGUGGAAUUACCAGAAAAGCCAAAGCCUCAAAUUAAGAAACAAAAGAAGAUAAAACGUGUCGUUGAGCCCACACAAUUUGAAGUCAUUGAAGAAGAAAAGGCAGAAGUUGUUGAGAAGACUUCAACUGACGUUACGAAGCCAAAGACAAGAACCUCUAAAACAAAGAAGCCCACUGAAAAGGUCAUGGAGCAUACAAUCCGCAUCGAAGAGCUUGCACCGGAGACUACAGUAGAACAAGUCAUCAAUGAUCAAGGAGAAGAAGUUGAGAAAAUUACAACCAAAAGGAAACUAAAGAAGAAAGAAGGUCCAAAGGAGUAUGUAAUUGAAGUAAUUGAGACUUAUGAAGAAAAUAAGCCUGAUAUGGAGCUAAUUGUCAAGACUAUUGAUGUAACGCCCGACUCAGAAGCUGAGCUUCCUGAAGAACACAAAGUUAAGGUUGUGAAAAAGAAAAAACCUAAAGUAGAGGAUACGGACAGCUAUAUUUAUGAAUUAAUAGAAGAAGAUACUCCGAAAACCGAGCUAGAGUCAUUUGAAGCAACUAUGGUGACAACAACACCAGAGAUCAAGACGCCAAAGAGGACAAAGAAGCAUUACAAAAAGACCACGGAAAUUAUUGACGGUGUUCCACAAACUAUACAUGAGAUUACAAUUCAAGAAUUCGAGCCAGUCACAGAGGAAUUACCAGACGAGAAAGAAAUUGAAGUAAUCGAAGAAGAUUUCCAAACAUCCGAGCCAAUUGAAGAUCUUAAAGUUGACGAGUCUUCAGAAAAACCUAAGGAUAAACCAAAAAAAGACAAGAAAUCCAAAGUAAAGGUUACUGAGCAAACACCAGUGAAAAUUGAAAAUAUUGAAGAAGCCAUAGAAGUCGUCAAUGAAGAAGUCGAUGAUGGGUCAACCAAGGAAGUUCAAGUUAAGAAGCGCAAGGUUUUACGAAAGCAAGGUCCCAAAGAGCAAGUUUUUGAAAUAACAGAAAAAACUACUUUUGAUGAGCCCUUAGCAGAAGUCACUAUUGUAGAAAUCUUAGAAGAUGAUAGGCCUGACAAUGUGGAAAUUCCAGAAAAGCCAAAGCCUCAAAUUAAGAAAAAGACUUCGUUGAAGCCCACACAAUUUGAAGUCAUUGAAGAAGAAAAGGCAGAAGUUGUUGAGAAGACUUCAACUGACGUUACGAAGCCAAAGACAAGAACCUCUAAAACAAAGAAGCCCACUGAAAAGGUCAUGGAGCAUACAAUCCGCAUCGAAGAGCUUGCUCCCGAGACUAUAGUAGAACAAGUCAUUAAUGAGCAAGGAGAAGAAGUCAAACAAGUGAAAACUACGAAGAAGAUUAAAAAGAAGGAAGGACCAAAGGAGUAUUUAAUUGAAAUUACUGAGACUUAUCAAGAAAAUAAGCCAGAGGCAGAUGUGGAAAUAACAACGAUUGAAUUACCUUCCGAUGACGUAACCGCAAUAGAAGAAGAAAAACCAUUGCGUCCAAUUGACAAAGUGAAAAAGAAGAAACCAGUAAAAGAUAAUUUGGAUGACUACAUACAGAAAUUAAUAGAACAGGAAAUAACAAAAACCGAUCUUGAGAAAUAUGAACCAACAGAAAUGGAAUCAAAGCCAAAGCCAACUAAGAAAAAGCCAAAGGCGCAUCACAAAAAGAGUGUUGAAAUUAUCGACGGUUUACCAGUCACAGUGCAUGAAUUUGAUGUUAUUGAACCUGAGUCAGAACCACAAAGCGAAGAAGAGCACCUUACUCUACUAGAUGAUGACAAAGUAUUGUCACUACCAGGAGAAGAGCCUAGUCAAUAUAUCGCAAACGUAUCUGACGAAACUAAAGUUAGUACAACAGAAACCGAGCCCUUGACUGACAUAGACACUAAACCAAUAAAAAAAGAAAAGAAACCCAAAAAACAAAUUGUAGAUGAGGCUCCAAUAAUUUUAGAUGAAAUUCCUGUUUUCAUCGAAACUUUGCAAUUACCGGAUGAGGAAGGUUCACUAAAGGAAGUUACUGUUAAGAAACGCAAGGUAGUAAAAAAAAAUGGUUCUAAGCAAAAUGUUUUUGAAAUAACAGAAACAACGAGUGCAGACCAACCCAUGGCAGAAGUUACUGUUGUCGAUAUUACGGAAGUUGCGAAAACAGAUGCAGAUGAAACAUCAGUACCCGAACAACAACCAUUCAAAAAGGCAAAGAAGGUCAAAAAAGAUGAUGUAGAUCAAUACAUAAUUAAUGUUAUUGACGAGUUUGUGGAGGAAACGUUAGUGAAACUUGCUCCCGACGUUGCUGAGGAUACAAAGGAAGAUAAACCGAAAAAACAUAAAAAAUCUCCAAAGAGAUACACUAUAAGUGAAGAAGAGAAGCCCGAUUAUAAGGAUGAUGCAGUGGAGCAGACAGACGCUGAAACUUUGGAUUCACCCAUUCCAGAAAUGCCCGAAACGUCACCUGAAUUCACUUUUAAUAUUAAAGAGAGUGAUUCAGUUGAAGAAAAGAAACCAAAGAAAACUCCCAAGAAAUCUAAAUCAGAUGUCAUCAAGAAACCAGAUCAGGAUGAGCAUCCAGGGUAUCUUAUAAAGACAUCGUCAGAGGAACCGAAAGAUAUAAUUGAAUUCCGUGAGGAACAGGAAUCAUUAGCUUCUGAACUGGAAGACAAGCCAACUGAGCAGAUAAUUUUCCAUAUAGAAGAAAUUGAGACUAUUCCAGAUGUACCCAAAGAAACUGAAGACAAUAACGAAAGUAAAGAUUUAGUCGUCAAAAAGAGGAAAAUUCGAAAGCAAGUUGGACCGAAGGAGGAAAUUAUUGAAAUUGUCGAAACUGCUAAGGAUGGUAUAACUGAAUUUGAAGUAACUGUUUUGACAGAAGAGCCUUCAGAGCUAAGCGAAGAAACUCUCAAGGAAGAUAAGCCAAAGAAGGUGAAAAAAUCUAAAAAAGUACCUAAAGAUGAUCUACAUGACUAUAUUCAAAAACUCAUCGAACAAGACAUACCAAAAUCUGAGCUUGAAAAAUAUGAGAAAAUAGAUUUCGAUGAGCCAAUCAAAAUUAAAAAGAAACCAACAAAGAAAGUUCAAGCCCCAGAAGAAAUACCAAAGGACGUUUUAGAUGAAGCCUUAAAAGAGGUUAUUCCUGAUGAUAAGCUUUCACCAGUCCCAUCUAAAGAGAAGCAUCAAAUGCAGAUAAGCGUCAAGGAAUAUUCACCAGAGCCAACUGAGCAAAAGCCUUUUGAAAUAACAGUUCUUGAGGAAAUCGUUGAGAAUAAGUCUAUGCCUAAUGAAGAAGGUCAAAUUAAGGUAAAGGAAGUAAAAACAAAGAAAAUAAAACAAAAGAAGGGACCAGAAGAGGUAGUACAUGAUAUUACUGUUGUGCUCGACAAAGAUACAAAUGAAUCUGAAGUCACUAUAAUAACAUCAACUCCGAACGAAACUGAAGGCAAAGAACAAAUUGUAACAAAACAGAAACGUAUAAAGAAACUCAAAAACGACGACGUUGAUGAAUUCAUUCACACAGUAAUUGAGGAAAAUACUCCCAAAGAUGUUCCACUUUGUAUUGAUGUUACUGAAGAAAUCACCCUCGAGCCUAAGAACAAAAAGAAAAUCAAGCAACCCAAGGUAAAGGAAGAACCAUCUUCUCAGGAAAAACCAGUGCCAGACGAUGCGAAUAUAGAAAUUGUAGAAGAAUUACCAAAGGAAGAAGCAAAUAAUGAUGCUAUUGUACAUAUAGAAGAGGAAAUUCCUAUUAUUGAUAAUACUGAGGCGGAAAUUGAACAACCUGAAAUCAAAAAAAUUAUCGAAAAGAAAAAGAAGGCUAAGUCAAAGAUUACUAUCGUGGAAGAGCAACCAGUGGAAGAAACAAGUGAAGCUCCUGCAGAAGUUAUUGAAAAACAAUCAGAUAUUGAGCCAGAUAACAUAGAAUACCAAGUUUCUUUUAAAGAAGAAGAAAUUAUUUCCGAAGAGACGCCGAAGAAAAAGCCCGCAAAGGUUAAACAAGAUGCUGUUCAACCUUUAGAAUCGAAAUACGAAAUUAUUGUAAAAGAAAGCGAUAAAGAGGUGGAACAAUUAGUUCCACUAGAAGUUGAAAUUAUUGAGAGUGAUACUAAGGUUGAGGAAACUACUAAUGAUCUUGGCGAGGUGCACACACAAGUUACUACCAAGCGUAAGAUAAAACGUCCAAAGGGAGAUGCCAAUGAAAUUAUUGAAAUAAUCGAAGUAGUAAGAGAUGAUCAACCAGAUGCGGAAAUCACAAUUGUCGAAUAUGAACCAGAAAAACCAUCAGAUGAAAAACCCAAGGAAACGAAAAAGAAAACAAAGAAAGUUAAAAAAGAUGAUAUUCAUGAUUAUAUACAAAAGCUAAUCGAUAUGGAAACUCCUAUAACCGAAUUGGAAAAAUAUGAGAAAAUAGAAUUUGAGCCAUCAGUGAAAGAUAAGCCAUUCGAUGGCUUUAUUAAGAUGAGCGAAGAAAUUCCAACGGACAAACCAAAGAGGGACAAAAAACAAAAACAAAAAGAAACGUUGAAAACGGAAGAAUCUCCGCAUGAGCAAGUGGCUGAAAUUAGAGUCAUUGAAGAGGAAGCUCCUAUUGAGACACCCAUGCAUGUUGUGGAAAUCAUAGAAGUUCAACCAGACGAAAUACAAAUCGUUGAAAAGAUUAGUGAUGAAGGCAAGCCAGUUCUUGAAAAAACAACAAAACGUUUACUGAAAAAGAAGGGACCGACGGAGGAUACUACGUACAAAAUAACAACAAUUGAAAGCGAGGAUAAUGAUACAGUAACGGUAAUAGUAGAUGAGGAGCUUAAUACUGCUCCAGUAGAAGACAAAGAAACUUCUCCAGAGGAAAUCACAGUGAAGACAAAACCAAAACCGAAAAAGUCACUAAAAAAAGUUAAGAAAGACGAGUUAGAUAAAUAUGUGCAAAAACUGUUAGAGGAAGAAAUACCAAAAACCGAGUAUGAAAAAUAUGAAAAGGUUGAAAUGCCUGAAAAACCAAAGAAACCGAAGACAGAAGAUCGUGCAUCAGAAGAGGUAAAGCCUGAUUCUACAGAACUAAAUUUAGCUGAAACUGACUCAACCAAACCCAAACACAAAAAGACUAAGACCGUUAAGCCACAAACUAUAGGUAGUGAGGAACAUAAGCCGGACGAACCAACACAGACUACAUUAGAGACAGAAGACACUACUGAGUUUACACCAAAUCAAAUUGCACACCCUGAGGACACAGCCACAGCACAAAUUACACCAAGCGCACAUGAUGAAACGCCUACUCAAGAUGACACAAAAGAAACAGUUCAGAAAACAGUAAAACAUAAGAAAGCUAAACCAGACACAGUUAAAAGCGUUGAAACAAGUGAAGCACCAGAAGCUUAUAAGCAUUAUGAUGUGAGCAUAAUCGAGGAAGAGCCUACUGAGGAAGAAGUACAGCCGGAGAAAAUACAUGAAGUUCGAGUUAUCGAUGAAAUUAUCGAGGUCCUAGAGUCCCAGCCUAUAAUAGAGGAAGUGGAAGAAGCAGAAGAGCAACCUACGGCUGAAGAAACAUCUGAUGAUGUCACAAAGCCAAAGACUAAGAAAAAGAAGAUUGCCAAAAAAAAAACCAACGAGCAUGAUGAACUAAUUCAAAAACUACUAGAACAAGAAAUUGAAAAAACAGAAUUGGAGAAAUAUGAGAAGGUUGAGUUUGAUAUUCCCAAGAAGUUGAAACCAGAAUUCGCUAAUCUCGAGCCGAUUAAGAUUGAAAGGAACGAACAGAAGCCGACAAAGCUUACUAUUGUUGAAGCAACUGACGCUCCCAAGGUGGUGAAGCUGAAGCCUAGCAAACGCAAGGAAAAACCAGCAGAAGAGCAAUCUGUACAACUUCCUAAGUUUAGGCUAAAAACGCGAAUGAUUAUGGUUGAAUAUCCUCCAGCUCCGCUUAUUCCAAAACAUACGGAAAUUGGUGCAAUUAAAGAGAAUGGUGAAUUGUCUCGCAAUAUUGAGGAAGCAGAAGAGCUUCUGAAAUUCAAGCCACGCAAAACUAAGAAAAUAAAGAAAAUCAAGGAUGACUUGGAAAAGGUAGAGCUGGAAAAGUAUGAAAAGUACGUUAGUAGCGAUGACGAGCCUGAAGAAAAAACACCUUAUCAGAAACCUGAAAAAGUACCAAAGCCAGAGGAAAUUCCUGAGGAUGUCAAGCUUAAGAUUGGUAAGGGUAAGAAGAAGCCAAAGGACGAGGAACAACCUGAGAACGUUACACUCAAGAAGACACCUCAAAGGCCUAAGGACCAAGAAGAGGAAAUUGAGCAGAAACCAAAGCCAAAAGAGAUCGAAGUUGUCGAGGAACAGAUUUUGCAACCCAAGGAACAAGAAAUUAAACUUGAACCAUUUGAGCCAACUGAAUUUGAGCAUCCCGAAUAUAUACCUGAGGAACUAGAGCAGGUUGAGCACCCGGAGAAGCCAGAAAAACAAAAGAAGCCAACUAAAACAAAGUACAAGCCAAAAGAAAAAUCAAAGCCAGAACAGGAAAUAAACAUAUCAGAAAUUGUGCCAGGCAAGCCAAAAGAAGAAGAACAGUUACCUGAACAAGAAAUCAAGUUCCGCAUUCCUGAAAGUGAAGCACCUGACGAUACUGAAUCUGGCAUUAAAUUAAAACCAAUUGAAAAAGCUCCAAAGGAGACGCCCACUGAUGAGGUUACGGUUAAGACAACUGCAGUGGAGCCUCAGCCUGUUGACGAUGUCACCGAAUUAGAAGAUGUAAAGAAAUCUAAGAAGCAUAAAUCAAAGCCCAAGCAAGAAAAACCUAAAGAAGACUCCACAGAUGAUAAGCCAACAGAUUAUGAAAUAUUAGUUAAGGAAGAGGAGUCUACCAUUGAAAGUCCUGUCGAAAGUGAAGUUCCGAAAGAAGUAAAGAUAAAGGAAAAGAAACCGAAAGAAGUCCCCGUACAAGAUAUUAAAGUUAUCGAAGAAGCUGAACAGUCUGAAGAAGUGCCUGAAGAUAUUCCAUUCGAAUAUAAGAUAACAACUACGGUCUUAGAGCCUGAAGAGUUGCCAAAAGAACAUCAAGUGAAAGUUAUUGACUUUGAUGAGCGGGAAGUAACUACUGAAGAAGUUGUUGAAGAAAAAGUAAUCACCAGAAAGAAAAAACCCAAACCAGAGCAAGUUGAAGAAUUCCAAGUGACACUGCAAGAACUCAAGAGCGAACAAACAGUGCCAGAAGAAGCAUCUGCUGAGGUUUUAAUAACAGAAAGGCAACCUGAGCAACAACUUGAAGAAUUUGAAGUGGAGCUGAAACUGACAGAGCCGGAGCCUCAACAAGUACCUGAGCAGGAAGUUACUCUUAAGAAAAAGUCGAAGAAGAAGCCCAUUCAAGAGGAUGACCAGCUUAAACAUAAAGUGGUCGAAGAAAUCCCAUCCAAACCUAUGGAAGAUGUAACUGAAAUCAUCGAAAAGGUGGAAGAAGAACACGAAAAGCCCACACCUAAGUCAUUUGAGUUCCAAAUAACAGAAACCGAGGCUCCAGAAAAACCGAUUGACAUAAUUGAAGAAAUAGUUGAAGAAAAGCCUUCUCCAAAACCUACUCCUAAAAUAAUUGAAAGCUAUGAUUCUUUCGAAAUAAAGGUUAGCGAAUCUCAAGCCGAAAAAGUCAUUGAAUUACAGAAAGAACAGAUAGAAGAAGAUGUUCCCGAAGAAAUCAAAAUAACUAAAAAACCAAAAGACUCAAGUCCAGUAGAAGCUGAAUUCGUAAUACCUGAGCCAAAGACAGUUGAAGAAUCAAAUGUUGAGGCAGAAAUCAAGCCAAAGAAAACGAAAAAACCAAAGAAAACGGAGGAAGCGGUUACACAAGAGAUCAAAAUCAUGGAGGAGGAUGUCGUAUUGCCCGAAGAAGUGAUAGUUGAAGCUCCACAGGAAAAAAUUGUAGAAGAGGAUAGUGCUCCCAUUGAAACAAAACCAGAAGAAUAUACAAUUCGUGUAUCUGAAACUGAAGCUGUGAAAACAGAGGAACAAUCGGCCGCCGAAUUCACAAUCAAAAAAUCAAAGCCGACUCUUUCUUCUGUUGAAGAGCCAGAAGCUGAAUUUGUACUUAAGGAAACCAAACCAACUGAAGAAGUUUCAGAAGCGGCCGAAAUUAAAACUAAAAAGCCUAAAAAGAAGAUCAAAGAUGUUGAGGCAGAGGAAUUAAAGAUUACAAUCACUGAAGAAAUACCUCAAGAAGUUCCAUUAGUGCAAGAAAUUGAAGAAGUUGUAACAGAAAUUGAGGAGACAGCGGCUUUAGUUGAAGACAAAAUGUAUAAAAUUGGAGUAAAGGAAACUCAACCCGAAAAACCGGUAGAAAAAGUUCUCGCAAAGGAAGAAACUAUUGAGGAGCCUAUUGUUGAAGAGCCAAAGCCAGAAGUAUACGAGGAACACAAAGUCAAAGUCAUCGAAGAAACACCACGUCACGAAGUUGAAGAAAUUGUCGAAGAAGAAGUUAGGGUAACUCGUAAAAAGAAGCCUAAGCCACAAGUUACAGAAGAGCCAGAGGCGGAAGUUAGUAUUCCUACAUCCAGUCCUAUAGACGAAGUAGAAGCAGAGCAGACUGUCUCCAUUGUGCCAGAAAAGCCAUCCGACGAAGAAGCAACAGAGCUUAAAAUAACUGUAAUUGAUGAAAUAUCUCAACCGCAAGAGCUUGUUCAAGAGAUUGAGGAAAUUGAAGAAUCAACUGAGACUUCACCUGAAGAGAAGCCACAUGAUUACAAGUUUAGUAUCAAGGAAUCUGAGAAACCAAAGGAAGCUAUUGAAGAUCUACCCGAAGAGCAGGUUACCAUCAAAUCAAAGAAAAAGAAGGCCCCUGAGAAACAAGUUAUGGAAGAGCCGGAAGCGGUAUUUGAAAUCAAGGCAAAACAACCUGUUGAAGAAGUCACAGAAGAGGCUGUAAUAAAAAAGAAGACAAAGAAACCAAUAAUUCAAGACGAGGCUGCUGCUGAACUUAAGGUGACCGUUACUGAAGAAGUAACUCCGGUAGAAGACGUUGUACAAAUUGUCGAGGAAGUCGAAGAGCAACCACAAGAUAUAUUUGAAGAAAAACCGAAAGAAUACAAAUUCAAAGUAAAAGAAAGUCAUCCUGAAGGUCCAGAAGAAGAAGCGGUUUCCCUACCAAUGAAAAAGCCUAAGCCAGUUAAAGUUGUCGAAGAGCCUGAGGCAGAAGUUACCUUGAAGCCAAAGCCAAUGGUUGAAGAAGUUGUAGAAGAAGCAAAAAUAUCAACUAAGAAGCCGAAAAAGAAGGUUGAUACAGAAGCUGCUGAAGAAUUUACAGUUAAGGUACAAGAAGAAAUUACUCCUGAGCCAAUCAUUGUAGAGGAAGAGGAAGUUGUAGAAGAAAUUCGUGAGAAAAAAUCAGAAACGCAAACAUUGGAAGAAGAAAAAUAUACAGUUAAGGUUCACGAAGAAAUUGUUCCUGAAGAGAACGAGGAAGCAGAAGUUCGCCUACCUAAGAAAAAGCCUAAGCCGGUUGCAAUUGCUGAAGAGCCUGAAGCUGAAAUUACCCUCAAGCCACAGCCAAAGGUUGAACAAGUCGAAGAAGAAGCAAAAAUUACGACGAAGAAACCGAAAAAGAAGGUUGUAGAAGAGGCUGCCGAAGAAGUUACUGUUAAGGUAGAAGAAGAAAUUACUCCAGAGCCAAUAAUCGUAGAGGAAGAAGAUGUUGUAGAAGAAGUUCAACUGGUAAAGCCACCAUCGGAAGAAGAAAUCGAAGAAGCCGUAUUCAAAGCCAAAAAGCCAAAGAAAAUUGAAGAUGAUGAAGUGGCGGCUGAAGUUACUUUGAAGCCUAAGAAACCCAAGACCAAAGAAGUGCAGGAUGAAGAGUUCCAAGUAGAGGUCAAGUUGCCAAUCGAAAAGAAGGUCACUGAAGAAACAUCCGACGAGACUGUACAGCUAAAGAAAAAGAAGAAGCCUCAAAAGGUAGUAGAAGAGGCUGCAGAUGAGCUAAAGCUGCAACAAACUGUUAUUGAAGAAAGACCCAUAGAAGUCGAGGAAGAAGAAAUCAUUGAAGAGGCUAUUGUCAUGCGCAAAAAACCUCAAAAGCCAUUCCAACCGAUAGUCGAGGAUCUUGAGGAAACAGAGUUCAGUCUUUCAUUCAAGAAACCACAUACUAUUAACGAGGGUGUCGAAGAAGCAGCUACUGUACUUAAGAAACGCCCAGUCAGGCCAACCACUAUGGACGAGGCAGCAGCAGAGCUUUCAAUUAAACGACUUGAGGAGGAAUACGAAGAAGGCGAUGAUAUCGAAGAAUUCGUCGUGAGUCAACGAAACAAACCAAAGCAGUUGCAAGUUACAGAAGAAGAAGAUCAAGAAUACACAGUCAAAAAAUUGAAGCGCCGCAAGAAGGUGGAUCUUCCAGAAUUCACCGAUGUUGAAAAUGUUACUUUCCGUGCAAAGACCACAAAAACUAAAGAGGAUGUAGAUCAAGAGUUCAAUAUUGCUCUAGACUCUUAUGCUGAAGAGGAGGUCUCAAUGUCUGGCAAGGUCAAGGUUAAGAAACCAAUAAAGAAAACCUACUCUGAAGCAGCUGAUGAGGCUAAAAUUAAAAUCAUACAAGAUUAUGAUGACGGUGAAGGACCAAUUAUUGAAGAAAUACACGAUGAUGAGGAUACUAUUGAUGAGGUUGAAGAGCCUGAGGAGUAUAUGAUUGAAGAAUUGCCUCCCGAUGAAGUCGACUUCAAGCUGAAACCGAAAAAGCAACCAAAACCAAGCUACUCAGUUCAAGAUGAAGAAGAAGAACAAUUUUUGAUAGGCAUACGUCAUCCAAAACGUGACUCGGUAACCUAUGAUGAAGACUCUUUCACAUUUAAAAAGAAACGCAAAGUCAUUCAACAACUUUUCAAUGAAGAUGGCGCGUCUCUCAACAUUACUCGAGAAAUGGAUGUGGAUGAAUCUACCGUGGAAAAUAUUAUGUACUCCAUUUGCAAUUAUAUUGCGGACAACGAUGAAGCCAUUAAUUUAGUCGAAGGCGAAAAGGUACAGGUUAUUGGACGACAUAGCUCUGAAUGGUGGUAUGUCAAGAAGAGCAUUACCGAGGAGGAAGGCUGGGUGCCUGCACAAUAUCUAAUGGAAACAUCCGAAUAUGCGCAAUAUGUACAAAACAAAUUGCACGAAAAGAUUGACAAGCUGCCCGUAUUUGAACGACCUGGACCUGAAGACAAGCCCAUUGCUCCGCGAUUUAUUGAAAAGCUGCAGCCCAUACACACACCCGAUGGCUAUACCGUACAAUUUGAAUGCAAGGUUGAGGGUAAUCCGAGACCACAAAUAGCGUGGUUCCGUGAAACAGCCAUUAUCAAGCCAUCACAAGACUUCCAGAUGUUUUACGAUGACGACAAUGUUGCCACACUGAUCAUACGUGAAGUUUUCCCUGAAGAUGCAGGCAAAUUUACAUGCGUAGCAAAGAAUGCCGCUGGCUUUACCUCAAGCACAACCGAGCUGAUUGUGGAAAGUCCAUUGUCGGAUCAUGGGUCAGAUGCCACAGCCUUGUCACGUCGCAGCAUGUCGCGCGAAUCGUCCUUGGCGGAUAUACUCGAGGGCAUACCGCCAACAUUCUCACGCAAGCCCAAGGCGCAAUAUGUGGAUGAGGGCACCAAUGUCAUACUCGAGUGCCGCCUCGUUGCCGUGCCUGAGCCAGACGUGGUCUGGACCUUCAAUGGCGAAGAUAUCGAUGAGCAAGAGCUGACAAAUGUACGCAUUGUCACGGAAUCCGAUAUGCAUAUGUAUUGCAGUGUUGUGCACAUAACCAAGGUGAAGAAAUCUCAGGAGGGCACAUACGAAGUGAUUGCAAGCAAUCGCGAGGGCGAAGCUCGUUUGCCCAUUACCCUGAAGGUGCGUACGUCUGACAAGGAAGCUCCACAAAUUCUGGAGCCAUUGCGCAAUAUGGUAAUACGUGAGGGCGAGAGCGUGGUGUUAUCCACACAAAUUGUAGGCAAUCCAGCGCCUAAAGUUACCUGGUAUAAGGACGGCAAGCCCAUUAAGAAUGCCAAAUCGGAUAAGGACUUGCAUACUUUGACGCUGAUAACACCCAAGAAAUCAGAGAAGGGUGAAUAUACCGUAAAGGCAGUUAAUCCCUUGGGCACUGUGGAAACUACAGCCAAUUUAACAAUUGAAGAAGCGAGCAGUGGUAAUGCAGAGCCGCCAUUAUUUGUGGAGCGUUUUGAGGAGCAAUCCGUGCCGCAAAAGGGUGAAAUACGUUUGCCUGCGAAGGUCUCGGGCAAUCCCGUGCCCGAGGUGCAAUGGCUGUUUAACAACACACCCUUGUAUCCCAGCGAACGUGUACAGCAGCGCUAUGAUGGCGAGAAUAUUGAGCUCAUUAUACAGAAUGCCAAUCCAGAAACAGAUUCGGGCGACUACAAGUGCAUUGCCAGCAAUCCCAUUGGUAAGACAUCGCACGGUGCGCGUGUAAUAGUUGAGGUCGACGAAGUAACCUUCACCAAGAAGCUGAAGAAGACAAUUACCAUUGAGGAGGUACAGUCUCUGACACUAGAAUGCGAAACGUCUCAUGUAGUGACGACAAAGUGGUUCUUCAAUGGCAAGGAGCUAAGCGGCAUGGAUCAUCGUGUGGUCGUUGAGGAUGGCAAGAUACACAAGCUGGUUAUCAGAAAUACAACCCUAAGAGAUUCCGGUACCUAUGUCUGCAAGGUGAAGAAACAGGAGACGCAAUCUACGGUCGAAGUGCUGCAACGCAAGCCAGACUUUACCAAAAUGCUGGAGGACUAUGAGGUUACUGAAAAAGACACAGCUAUACUUGAUGUAGAGCUAACUACUGAAGCUGUUGAGGUAACCUGGUACAAGGAUGGUGAGAAGAUAACACCAGAAAGUAAAAACUGCGAGUUUAUCAAGGACGGCAAAUCCAGACGCUUGGUCAUCAGAGAUACAACCAUACAUGAUGAAGGCGAAUACACAUGCAAGGUGGAUGAUCAGUCCUGCAGUUGCGAGCUGGUAGUAAUUGAGCUACCGCCUGAGAUUGUAAAACCUCUGGAAGAUGUAUGCGUAACCAAGGGCGAAACGGCCAGCUUUGUCUUGGAGCUCAGCAAGGGUGAUGCCUUGGUCAAAUGGUUUAAGAAUGGCAAAGAGCUGAAGUUCAACGAGCGCAUACAACUUACAAUUGAUGGUAAGAAGCAAACAUUGCGCAUACUGAAAGCCAAACCCGAAGACAUUGCCGAGUACUCCAUACAAGUGGGCGAACAGACUUCAAAGGCCAAGCUGCAGGUAGAGGAGCCAUUGGUGGACUUUGUAGUGCGUCUGCCAGACGUCAGUUUGGCUACCAAGACCAACGAUGCUGAGUUCAAUGUGGAGCUCUCACAACCUGAUGUAGAGCUUACCUGGUACAAAAAGGGCAAGCCCAUUAAGCCGAACAAAAAGCAUGAGGUCUUUGUUGAGGGCACUGUAAGACGUUUGGUUAUACACGAUGCCAGUGAUGAGGAUGCGGGUGAAAUAAGCUGCACGGCAGCAAAUGUCACCAGCAGCACUAAACUGUGUGUUGAAGAACUGAAAAUGCCACCAGUGAUUACAUCCGACAAGCAGCAAACCGUUAAGGUAAAGGAGAAUGAAGAUGUUACCUUUACUGUUAAGUACACGGCUGCUCCCGAGCCAGAGGCUGAGUGGACCACGGGCAAGGUUGUCAUACCCAAGUCAAAGCACACAAUACCCACAAUAGACGAACAAUCGGCUACAUUGACAAUUAAAAAGGUUGUCGACGCUGAUGAGGGCGAGUACACAGUGAAGUUGGUGAAUCCCGUGGGUGAGGCAGAAGCCAGUUUACAUUUGGUUAUAAUGCGCAAACCCACGGCACCGGGCACACCACAGCCUUUGGAGGUGAUGCAUGAUUCCAUAACGCUGUACUGGAAGGCGCCUGAAGAUGAUGGUAAUGCCGAAAUUACUGAGUACAUUUUGGAAUACCAUGAUGUGAAGACAGAAAAAUGGACUGAGAUACGCAAGAUUAAGGACACAACCUAUACAAUAAGCAAGCUGAAAAUUGACACGGAGUACGUAUUCCGUUCCAUCGCUGUCAAUGAGGUGGGUCCAUCACCACCCUCACCAGUAUCAGCGCCCAUACGUUUGAUGCCCAAGGUGCAAAAUGAAGCACCAAGCGUACGGGAACCGCUGCAGGAUACGAUCAGUGAGCUAAACAAGGAAGUAACGCUAUCCUGUGUAUUUGGUGGCAUACCCGAGCCGACUGUGACAUGGAAAAAGAAUGGCGUAGCCUUUGAGUCGAGCAGCCUGCGCUAUGAGAAACGUGUGGCCAAAUAUAUAAUUGAAAAGACAACAAUUGAGACUGAAGCGAGCUAUACGUGUGUGGCAACAAAUGAGAAGGGCUCGGUGGAGACGACGUGCAGACUGAAACUGCUGCAGAAACCAAGCAUAGACAUUGAGGACAAGUAUUUGUCACAAAAAUUGCGCACAGGCAGCACACUGACCAUUCCAGCAACAGUACGUGGCUAUCCACAGCCGACAGUCAGUUGGCAGAAGGACACUGUCGAGCAGACAACCAGCAAGGAGAUUAGCAUUGAGACAACAGAGACUAGCUCGACGUAUAGCGUUAAGAAGCUCACACGUGAGCAUUCCGGACGUUAUAAGGUGACGGCCACAAAUGAAACGGGCUCCACGUAUACGGAAUGCACAGUACAGGUGAUUGACAAGCCAAGCAGACCGCUCUCACUGGAGAUUAAGGACAUUAAGAAGGAUUCCAUUACGUUGGAAUGGACACCGCCCAUUGACGAUGGCGGCAUGGACAUCAACAAGUACAUACUAGAGAAAUGCGAUGUGCAAAACAAAAUCUGGAUGAAGGUAUCGGACUUCGAUAAGGAAAUCAACUCGUAUGCUGUGCAAAAGUUAUCCAUGAAUGCCCAAUACAUGUUCCGUGUAGUCGCCAGUAACCCGAUUGGUGAAUCCGAACCCACAGAAAGUGAGACUGUUACAAUAACCCGCAAGUUUGAGAAACCCUCACCGCCAUGUGGGCCAACCACUGUAUCUGGCAUGAAUGACACUUCAUUCAACUUGGCCUGGCAGCCAUCGGAGAGCGAUGGUGGCUCCAAGAUAAUCGAAUACAUUGUGGAAAUAAGGGAAGAGACUGAAACCAUUUAUCGCUCAGUGGGCAUCACAAGCGGCACUGUAACCAACAUACAUGUCGAUAAAGUGAAACGCAACAAGGGCUAUAUGUUCCGUAUCUAUGCCAGAAAUGAAGUUGGCACCAGCGAAGCGUACGAGACAACAGAGAAAAUUGUUGUAACACGUACAAUAACGCCACCAUCACCGCCACAAAAUCUGAGAGCGCCGGACAUAACAAGUCGCAGCGUUACACUCGAUUGGGAGGUGCCGGCUAGAAAUGGAGGCUCUGAAAUUACAGGCUACUGCGUGGAGAAACGUUCCUCAACAUCGAGCAGCUGGACAAAGGUCAUCACAUUGGAUGCCCAUCAGCUGCACUAUACUAUUGACAAUCUGAAAGACAAGUGCGAGUAUUGGUUCCGUGUGUCAGCGGAGAAUGAGGCUGGUUUAGGUGCACCAGCCGUCAGCGAGAGCAUUUCGCUCAAGACACAUGCAACUGUACCAUCGCCACCGACGGCACCGCUGGAAGCGCGUGUUAUUGCCGCGAAUGCACACGUAUUUGAAUGGGGCAUACCCGAGUCAGAUGGUGGUGCGCCACUGCUGGGUUAUCACAUUGCCAUACGUGACAUGAAGAAGUCCAUGUGGAUUGAGGUAGGUCGCGUGCCCGCCGGUGUGCAGAAAUUCCAAAUCAGAGACUUGCAAGAGAAUCACGAGUACAUGAUACGCAUAUUGGCCAAGAACGAAAUCGGUUUGAGUGAACCGCUAGAAUCGGAAGAGCCCUACAAGGUUAUGACAGCAGGACAUGCUAGUCUGCCUGAUGAGCCGCGCACGGAAAUGAGCACGUGCAAUACUUCCUCGUGGCUGCGAGAUCAUAAUAUGGAUGCUGAUAUACAUUCAUAUGCGCGUGGUCGUCUGUUACAGCGCGAUGAGUACUUCUUCCGUCUCUUUGCGCAAAUGCCCAAAUCGAAGAAGAAGAAGAACUCUAAGUAGACAACGAAACAAUUACUUUAGCCUUUUAGAUUCUAAGCAUAUUUCAAUUUCUAUAUAUUUCUAUUUCAUUUGAUUUUAAGCUUUUUGUACUAUCUCUCUUUUUCUCAUGCUGUAAAGAUGCUGUAAUGUCAUUUGCUAACAGCAAAGCGAUGUUCACGCUCAACUUGUGCACCCAAGUGCGAGCGAAGACAAACUGAAGUCCGCAAGUUUGCGCGUGAACGUGGCUUAAAGCUGUUUUAACCAAAGGUGCAAGGCAAACAUUACAUAUUCUAUAAUUAAAUUACGUUUUUUGUUUUGCUUAAUAUGUUUUUAAUUUAUAAUUUCAAUGCUUUAAUUUUAUAAGCUGUGAUAAAGUAUAGCUAUCGAACGAUCAGAAUAUAGUCAUAAAUUUUGCUGCUCAAGUGCAAGCACCACGUGUAUCGGGCUAAAGCGUUGCACAGUUACCAACAACAAGCAACGUAACCACUCGGGAGACAAACAACAAACAAUGGUGCAAUAUGUUUAUGAGUUAUGUUGCAUUGUGCAUUGCUUUAGCCUUUGCCGUUGUGUGCUGCAAUUUUGAGAGGCAAACAAUUUAUGGCUUAUAGCAAGGGUUACAUACUUAUAUAUUGUGCAAUACCUACUAUAUGAAUAAAAAUUC